GGGGUUGGGGUUUGGGGGGGGGGGCACUUCCCACCUUCUAUGAAAGCCAGACAUUGCAAGACCUAGAUUACCUACUACCACCGAGAUACACUUCAAGUCUGGGUCUUUUUGACAAUGCCAUUUUUCUAUUCAACUCUCUUAAUCACAUCUCUUCAGAGGUAUUAGUCUGACACCUCCAUCUAUUCAGACUAUACUUUAAGAUGUUCCCAAUUAAUAAAAAAAAAGUAGUGAAUAAGGAAGUCUGCAGAGGAGUCUACUCUUGGAUAUUAUUGUAUUAGUUCACUACUUGCUACCUUUUCAGUUCUCACCAUUCCCUCACUUUUCUCCAACCUAUCAGCAGGUGCAUCUGCUACCCGGGCUGGGGUUGAUGAGUGUGAGGAAGGUGUGGAGAGAGAGAGGGAGAAUGUAGAGCAGGGCAUGUGACAGAGUGUGAGGGAGGAUGAGCAGAGUGGGGAAACUAAGUGGGGGGAAGAGCAACAGUGCAAUACAAGAAAAGCAGGGGGGGGAGAGUUGGGGAUGUGAGAAACAAAGAGACAUAGAGGGGGGAAGAACGGGAGGAGGGGAGGGUGAGAGGACACGAGAGAUGGUGUGUGGUUGCCAGGCAACGAUUGAUAACCAAAUCCCUGAGCACCCUGCCUAUGCUGCCCUGCCCUCCCCUCCAGGCCUGAAUUACACACACAGACCCAGAAACACACAUAGUGUAAGUUUAUGAUAAUGCUUUGUAAUUCACUGAACCAAUUUAGAGUGUUGAUGCUCUUUUAAAUUAAAGUGAUAACAGACACUGUUUGUAGCUGCUGUGGUGCUGGUGGGAGAGCUUGUAUAUAUUUCAUAUACAUUCUAUUAUUUAUAUGUUUAUGCUAGGAUGCACAUCACACAGCUGCAAACCCAUCCUAAUAAAACUAGUAUGAUUGAUGGCGCACAGAUUUAUUGGAGCUUUUACUGUACUUUGCUCCAAUAAGAUUUUACACCACAUGUGCGAAAUCAAUACAUCUGUAACACUAGCUCUGGUUCCCAUGUGGGAUAGCUUCCCCUGUCUGCUGCCAUUCAUGCCACACCAGUAUGACUGAUAGCCACUGCUGCCAAAGCUUGUGCUCUCAAAUGCAGUAAAUUCUCAGGGUACCAGGAAUUGAAAGGUUGUAGGGUAUUUUAAAGAACCAAUUCUGCAUUUGUAUUCCGUGUGCAUCACCUUGUGCGUGUGUUCUUGUAUGUGUGGUACCUGUAGUCAGGCCACCCUUGUAGCAGGUGUUUCUUGAUUUGGAGGUAAAUAAAACAAUUUGUUGCUGCUAAUUUGGAGCGGUGUACACCUUGAGGCGGGUCGGAAAAAGAGUGAUUCUAUUAGUGGCUGAUAAAAAGACACUAUAUCCUUUAAAUUCAUUAUGUUUGUGUGGAUUUAUUUGUUUUUAAGUACUGGGACAGAUCUUUACAUGUCCAAUCUACUAUGUCUGGGUGUAACUAUGUAGUCUAUGGCAGAUAUGGUCCAAGAUAAAAUGAGCAUAUGUUUUUUUCUUGACUAGAUGGUAAAGGAUAGGGAUAGCAGGGUGCGUGAGAGAGCGAGGGAGGGACAGAGAAAGAGAGAGAGAGACAGAGAGAGAGACACAGAGAGAGAGAAAGAGAGAGAGCUCCAGCCUCAGUACCUGUUAGAGCGCUGGAUGGCCGGUUGAUCAGAUUAAAGGCGUCAGGGUUGGUUAAUCUGUGAAGGAGGGACAGACUGACACUCACGGUGCCUCUGCUCACCGUUUUCAUUCACCGGCGGAGAGGCGGAGGGGAGCGGGGCACGUUCGCUGUAGCCGGGCGGCGGGGAAUUUCCCCCCUCUUUUUUUAACAAUGGAUACCUGCAGGGUACGAACCUGGGUGUUUCUGCUUUUAUUUUGGCAGGACGGUUCCCUGGCUUCGCAGUUUCCGACACAGCUCAUGUAAGUAUAGCCCCUGUAAUCCAAUUUUGCGCUGUGGACGAAUGUUGUGGUGUGACUAUCAUAUGAAAAGUGCUCGCCUUUUAGAGACAACUAUCACAUGUAAUGAGACACCAAGGUGUGUAAGGGCUGUGCUGUACUGUAGGCGCGCGUUGGGGUGUGAGAGCGGGGUGGGCAGGUCGUUCCAUUCAUGCUCCGGUGGUCACCCUGAUGAAGACGCGUUUGAGGGCGGACGCGAUUUCCUCCAGCCGGGCGGUGAUUAAUGGAGAUAACCGGAAUGGGCAGCGUGUAGACGGGGGAUGUGGACACAAAGCGCCGUGACAGCUCUGUGAAGUUACUGAGGAGUUGGUGUUUCUUUUUUCUUCUUUUUUUUUGUAGCCUACACUAACAAAAGUUGUAUCUUGUCUUUGACGAGUUUGCAGUUUUCUUAUUGUUUUGUGUAGACUGUCAUAUCAAAUUAACUUUGUCUUGGGCUACUUAAUUUUUUACGACCAUAUGAAGAAAUGUAGAUAGAUAAAAUCAAAGCUUAUGUCCAGGUGUUGCCUACACUUUUACCUGGAAGCCUUUAAUAAAACUUAAUUAUUACUACUGUUUUUUUUUUAUUACAAACACAUGGAUCACCCACUUCACAACAGCUUGAUGGACCAAAGGGCCAAUGGUGGUGGACGGCUCCUCUCUCUUCACUACAGGACAGAAAGAUUCAGAAGAUCUUUUGUACCAACAGCCAUUAGACUUUAUAACUCUUGUGUAAAUAAUAGAUAACUUUUGGAGACAUAUUAUGUGAGACAACAGACAAUUGAAUUUCCCUUCGAGGAUUAAUAAAGUUAUUUGUAUUCUUAUUCUAGCCUAGAUGAUAAUUUGAUCAUAGAUAGAUAGAUAGAUAGAUGGAAUCUGUGACACAUGCAGAUGAACUAAAGAGAUUUUAUCUCAUUUAUUUUUCAUCAAGUGCCCAAUGUGUUGACGCUUUACCUCCCCUAAAAGACAUGUGUUUUCACGCCACAUUUACCCAUUUUGCUAACGUCUUACCAGUGAUAAAAAAGUUUCUUCACCAAACCACACUUAACACUUUCAAAAAGUUGGAUUAUUUGUAUAUCUUGCUGAGCUUAUUCAUACUGGAUCAAUAUUAGAGAUGCUUUGCAGUAUGCCCAGAGCACUAUCAAAAUUAAUUUACAGAGCCUCUUGCAAAUGUUGAAUUGGAUUUUCAAAGCUUCAAGUUACUAAUUCAAGAGAUGGAGCUGCAUGUGGAACUGCUGGAGAGGUAAAUAUUACAUUGAAGGACUUUUUACAGCCAUAGCUGCGGUAAACUCACAGCUCGUAACUGCAAACACACACAAACUCAGGCAGCCCAACAGUGAAAUCAAAGAAGUGCACACAUCCUAAAACCAGCUUACUUCAUCUGCUUGAGGCAAAUAAUGGAAUUUCUAUCUAUGAAUGAGUACGUGCAGGAAUAAGCUGAAAAUCAAUCCAUGAGGUGCAUACAUCACUCACAGAACUGGAUCACAAAUUCAUCUUAUAUGUUAUAUGUUGCUGCAAGAAGACCUGGAGUAGUCCCUUCAAAUCUGAGUGCUAAAAAAUGGGAAAGCCCUGGCUCUUAUUCUAACUGUACAUGAGCUGACAGACGGCGUUCGGUUCACUUUGGUGAUAGUGUCCAUUCAGGAUAACUAUUUUUAUGUUCCCAUGGCCUCUCUUCUUUUGUGUAUGCCUGAUGAAUAAAAUUUUCAUUAGAGGUAGAGGCAGAUAGAGGGCCCUUCUAUUGAAUUCUCAGCAGGGGAAAAUCUACAGCCUGGAUCAUCUACCAGAGAGCCAUUGCUUAACAUCAAAACAUGACCAUUGUGCAGACGGCUGGGUCCAAAACAUGUAAUAAGCCUAACUGAAUCAGUGAUGCCAAAUGAGAUGCCACUAUAGAUACACAAAGAGUUGCAAAUGGCUUUUAUACAUCUAUUAAGUUAAUUGUUUAGUUUGCAUUGCAACAUGAUGAUUGUAUUGUACAAGCAAUAGCAUAAGUGGUCAAAAUGAGAUAGAGGAAAUUAAAAUGAACCGGAUACAAGUAUUCUUCAUUGAGUGCAUCCUUCUUGAUUUCAUCACUUAAUUUGCAUGAAAAAGAGAGAAAAAAAAUAUUCUGAUGAUAAAAAAGUACUUUUGCAAACUGAACCCAGCUGGGUUUAUGCCUCCUUGUGAUCCUUAAUAGCUCUUCAGUUCAAGUAAAUUCUCAGGAGAUGAAACAAAUUUGCUCUACCUUAGAUGUGUAGAGUCGGGUUUCAAAGGAACAAAAACAGGGAUGGAGGGCAAACACAGGAUCAUAUGGGAUUUUCUUAGUUUAUAACAAUGAUCCAGGAUUAUAACUUUAUUUUUUUAUUAUGUUGACCAGGCUGAAUUAGGACUGAAUUGGCAACUUGGGUGUUUAUGUAGGCUAUGGAGUGUGCAGCAGAGCACCACUGGUUAUUUACUGCAUUACUGUCGGUGUUUUAGAGCCUCAGUUCAGCUCUCUGGACUUCGCUGCUCCGUGUCUUUGUGAUGAUGAUGUGUAAUUAGACUGUAGUUUAACACAGCCCCUGACUGAGACUCACACUACGGGCCAGCUCAUUAUUCUUCCUGGUGUCGGAGUGAUGGUGCCACAACAUCUGCCUCCUCUCUUUCUUCUAUUGUCUCCCCGCCUCUCUUUCUGCUUCGCUCUCGUUUGCUCUUCCUGUGUCUGAAAAACAAUGUAGGGCAGUGUCUGACCCAGUUGCCAUAUGCAUGUGCGUGAGUGUGUGUGUGUUUAAUUAUCCGGCGUGGUACCAGAGGCUGCAGUAAUCAAAGCCCAGCAACCAGAGCAGAAAUAUUUUGCUACCUCAGCUUAACAACCAUGACUUUAUUAGAGUUUAGGCAUCUGUGAAUUGCUUACAUUAUCCUCGUGCUAACAAUGUAAUCAUGAUGAGAUAACCAGCAUCACUGUACUUAACCUCAUUUGAGAGAUACAGUAGCCCUGAUUGCAGGAGGAGUUCCUAUGCAUCAGCUGUGAUGGGCUGAAUGCAGGCCUCACCCUUUUGGCAUUUAUAAGCAUUGCCAUGAAGUCAAGCCACAACCCAGAGGGAUUUUUGUAAAGAAUGAUUUAAGGGUGAGGAGUUAUUGUGCUGUGAUUUACUUUGCCUGUGGAUAAUUCAACCAAGUCUAAAAGGCCAAUUUAACAAGAGGAUUUAUCAUAUAGAGCAACAGGCACGCCGCUUUGGGGAGCAGUAGAAUAACUUUCAAUUUAAUAGUCCUUUACUGUUUAUAAUGAGCCAACUGAGCUUUUUAUAGCCAGGUCCCUUUUGUCUGCAUGUUGUAGUGUUUGGUAUUUGAACAAAAUCACAAAUAUACACAGCCCAGGGAGUCUGCAUUGUUAGCACAGAGCUAUUCCGUAAAGAAGAAUUUUAGAAAGCCUUUGGGUUAGAAAUAUUCUAAAUUUGUUCACACGGUAAAAUAAACUCAGUGUCAUCUAUACAUACAGAGGAACUCAUGCCCACAUACUGCACCACAGCCUCGGGUUAUGUCAUCCAUUUGUCAGCACCUGAGAGUUUUUGUUACACAGAUUUACACUAGUAGCAGUAGAUUUCACUCAAGUUAAACUCUGGAGAGACGUCCCUCUGCUUCUCUGAAUGCCAAGUCCCUGGAAGCACAAACACACCCACCCACACACAUAUACACAGACUGCACAUACACACUCAGGCACAUCUACACAAACUCUAACUCAGAAUUGACUUGUCAAUGCUUCGGGCUUAGAGAGCUUAGGGUUCCAAGGUCCACUAAAACACCUUACAAUCAGUUUAUGUGGGGACAAGGAAAGGUGUGGCAAAGGAGAGGAUCAACAGAGGGGAAGCUAAGACCAGAAAAACGAGGGAAACCGAGACCAAAAGAAAAGAAGAGACAGGAUUUUCUCAACAAAUAAUGGAUGUUCCCAGUUUGUGUAACACUCAAUGCAGAGAGAACUACCAGUCAGUCGUAGGUUUGAGCACACGACCAAUAUCUCCUAUAUAACACAACAAGAGGAAGCUGUAAGUAAAUAGACAAACCAUAAGGUAAAUAUAACAGUGAAAUAAGCAGUAUUAGACGGUAAUUAUGCCUGUAAGGAAAGAGUGGGACCCAGACAGCCUAAUUAGUCACAAAAAAGGAAAUAGUUUUAAUCAGCAGGGGGAACAAUCUUAUCACAGGGGAAACUAUCUUAUCACAAGGUCCUUGUGGUCACUAUUUUGGAUCUUUCACCACUUCCCUCAUUAGCAGAUAUAAUUUGCCAUCAUGAACUUGAACAGAAGUGACAGGAUCUAAUAGAUAAUGGAAUUUGAAUGCUUAAAAGGCCGUUCAAAUGAAGCAACACAUCUAAAAAAAAAGUCAAAAUAUGUCAGGAAAGAUGCAGAGAUUCCUAUUUUGAGUUGAAAAUCUGAAUAUUAAAACCUUCCUGUGUCUGACAUCUUUCAAGCUCCAUAUUCUAAUAGGAAACACAGUGUGCAACUCGGGUUUUCACAUGACCUCAUUCACAGCACCAUUUUUAGGACCGACCUGGACCCAGAUGUCAGUAAGGGCUGUUUUCUAUGCUGUGAAUGACAUAUAAGUAUCAGGGCCACCAAAGAGAGAGAGAACAUUUUGAUUUUGAGAUUACAGUCACAGAAGAAUAACAAUGAAAAGAAUGAUAAUAAUUUUACUUUGUGGUAAAAUUUCUGAGCCUGAGUUUGAUGUUUUGAGGGGAAGAUUAUAUUAGGAGCCAUCUCCUGUGCUAAACUAAGGAACGUGGAGUUUUUUUAUAAAAUUAAAUCCAAGUAUUGGUUGGCACUGUCAUUUGAAUCUGGGUUUUGAUUUUAUUGUGUCAGAAACUAAGUCUGUUAUGAAGAAGAGCAGGCUGACAGACAGCCUGUGCUAGCUUCUGCAACUGCUGUUUGUCCUCAGCUGUUGAAUUUAACUUCUCAUCAUGAUCUUGGAGACUAAGCUUGCUGGAUGGAAGAAAAUAAGGCUCUAAACCCAAAUAAUUCUUUUACAUAAAUGUUUUUUUGUGUGUGUGUAUUUGUUUGUUUGUAUUUUGUCAGCGGAAAAAUGGGUGAUUUUCACCUGACAAACUGUUUCUCACUGGAGCUUGUAUGAAACUGGAUGACAGUGCUAUGGUCCUCAACAAAAAAGGUCAUGUUACUCAAACCCUUGAACCAAAUCGUUUCGGCUGAUAUAAGCACAUUAUUAGCAUAUCAAUAUUGGCAUUGGGGAUGUGCAUAAUGAAGUUGUGUUUUGGGGCAUUUUUGCCUUUGUUAGAUAAAACAGCUGUUGUAUGGCCAUCUGACCACAGCAGUGCUGAACCAAGCAAAGCACACCCAUGACUAGUUUUGACUGCUUUCUGAUUGUUUUCUUAGCUUAAGAUCAGUUGGUUAGUUGGAACGAGUCAACUAAAAUUCAACUAGAUUAUAUCAAAAUAUACAUACUGUAUAAAAUUAAAGUCUAUUGCUGACUGCAGGAAACUAGUCGUUUGGUCUGCAUAGAUGUUGGCUAAUAGGUGAUUUAAAACCAAGUGUAUGAAUCAUUAAAAUAAUGUGUUAUCAAUACAUUAUUGUUUUACUGAGAGCAGAGAUAACUUCUUCUCUGCUUUCAAAUGUAAAAAACUGAAGUAGACACAAUGUUGUAUGCCUCCCACCUCUGUAAUUAGAUAUAAAGGAUGGAAACAAAGAAACGUCAGCAGCUUGAGGAUAACUACACCAAAGCUGUAAAUAGGGGAUUAAAAUCAUUUUAAAAUAUGUAACAGUAAGUUUAAAGCUCAGCCAGACUUAAACCUACCAGCUAAAUAAUGACUGACCUUGCUUUAAUACCCUUUUUCCUGAACAGUUUCACACCGAGCUUUCUUCUAGUUUUUUUUUCCCCCCAGUUUUAAAAAGUGUCUCAUCUUUCUGCACAUACUCAGUUCCUCUGAAUUUUCCCUGCCCCCUGUGGAUUUUGUGUCCCUGAUAAAUCUUUCCCAUUUCUUUUUCUACUUUCUUUAUCCUCUCUACCUUUCUUUCUUUAUUUGCAUCUUACUCCUCCUUCAGCAGUACUGAGUGUCAAGAGUGUAUGUCUGGAACAAUAUAAUGUAACUCUGACUGCUGCAAACUAAACUUUUCAGGGAAGACUUUCUGAGUAUUCAUCUUUAUCUGUUGCUGUGUUUCCUUCAGUUUUGUAUUUGUGAGUAUCUCCUUGAGAUCAUCAAGAAUCACAGUGGAAUUACUGUGAAUGUGUUGCAAUGAGACUAUCUGUACUCCAUGUCAACCAGUUGUCAUUCUCAUUCAUUAUUCAUAUAACUGUCUCACUGUGCAUGUUGGUUUGUGCAUGCAUGGCAGCAUUUAUUGUGAAUUAAUGCAACCACAUGCAUACAUGUAUUACACUCCUUUGAGCAUCCCUGAGUAGGUGUGCUUUGAGGUGAGCCUGAUUAUUCUAAGCCACUGUGUCACUUCAUGUAAAAUCUCCCAGGUCCUUGUGUCUGUGUUCACAAUGCACAGAGUGGUUUACUAUUUCAGUACAUUAAAGUGCAUGCUGGGGGCUUAUUUUGGUUUGACAAGAUGAUUGGAGGAGGAUGAGAGGAAGGUAUAAUCCAGUGUGUGGCACCAGCAGGGCAGACCUGAUGUCCCCUGAGCUCUUUGAUGUUCAGAGAAGCACGCCGGUCCUGGCUCCUCUCGCCUGUCCGCUCGCAUCACCGUGGAUGCUCACAACACACGCUGACACUUAUCUGAUUGGCUGACUUUGUGUUUGAACUCUGACAAAGUAAUGGUAUUGGUUGACUCUGAAUGACACGUGUUUGAUUAGAUGGCAUUGUAUCUGUUCCCAGUGAUUCAGGCAAUGAUUGGUUGACAUUUUGCGUGACCUAUCGAAGAGAUUCUUCCAGGCCUCGUUUGCUUUUCUGGACGUUGUGUGUCUGGUUGGUCUCGUUAGAUGAUGGAUGUUGGAUAACUUCAUUGACAGUUUAAUUGUAAAAGUCUGCAAUGUGUCUUUAAAGCUGGUUAAAAGAUUGAUUGUGUGCAUUUCUUUGUCCUGUAGGAUCAAAGAAUGGGUUGAUCAGAUGCAGAAAGAGCUUGUCACCCUGGCAGACACAGCCACAGGCGGGAACAGCCUCACUCAGGUAAAAAGCACCCACCCACGUGCACAUAAAGACAGUGCUAUACAAAUUUAUAUUUUAUCUCCACAAACAACUUCACAAUAAUACAGCUUAUUCUGUUUAAUUUCCCCCUUUUGUUAGCCCUUUACUGCCUGAAUCCCAUUAAUUAAAGCAGAGUAUGAUUGAAAAAUACAUACAACAGUGAUAUUCGUUUUGCCACACUUAUUAUACUGUAUGGUACAAAUGAGAGAUUUGAAGUAUUCAAGGUGUAUGUAUAUGUAAAGUGCUUAUUUGUGUAUGUGUAUAUAGAUAUGGGUGUAUAUAUGUAUAUAUAAGGUUUUUGUUUCAGUAUUAAUGAUUAGUUACAUAUUUCUGUUAGACUUUGGAGCUUUGGUUACUUUUUGGCAACAUCAGAAAUUCCAAAUUCUAGAGAUAUGUAAAGGGUCAACGAAUAGGAAGGAAUGAGGGUACUGUAGGUACUGUACAUAUAAGCUAAAUAGCUUCAACCUACUCCUUUUUGAUCUCCAAAAAAAUAGGGAAUUUCUUGUCUGAAGUUGUACUGUAAAUAUAUUUGAUUGAAUAAAUAAUCGCAAACCCUUAAUUGUGACAAAUUAAUAUCAACAGUUUGGGAAAUUCUUGCAUUUCUUACCAGUCAUGCGUGUUUUAGUUCCAUAUGUUAGCUGUUUUCUGUUUCCAUCUAGAUUUUUCUGCGAAACCAAAACAUAUUCACUGUGGAGCAAAACGACGCAGAGGAGCUGGUGGCCAGAGCAGCCAGAAAAAUUGAACAGCUGCUGCUGAAGAGGUCUGCUGCUUUGGAGGUAAGAGGUACCCCCCUUACAGGAACCAACUGUUGGUUUGUGUUUUACAUCAUUUCUGGUUUUGCGCACAGGGAAAGAUCUUUAUCAGGCAAGGCUGCAGAAAGUUUUCCAUCUGGUUCUUGUUAGGAUCUUGUCAGCUUAAACAUGUUUAUUUAAAAACCACAGAGCAUGGGGUAAACUGUUUAUCCUCUUAUUAGUGUAGCAUUUUGGAAUAGAGUUGAUGUACUCAUGAUCUCUAGAUAAAAUGUAUGAUUAUUAUCUAUGCAAAUUUCUACCAAACCCUCAAUGUUAUAAACAACCUAAGAGCAUUCGGUUUUAUGUUUCUUUUUAAUGCGCCAAAUGUAAAUCUACCAGACAACUGGAUUUGAUGGGAUGCAGUAAACUAAGAGAGAAGAUCAUCAAACUUACAAGUGGAAAAUCUGCCGUUUGUGUUUAGCUGUUUGGCCGUCUGGAGGGCAGAGACCUUAAAUGAACUCACAGCCCGAAGCUGAAGGGCUUCAGAUGCAGAGUUGUGUGUGUGUGUGCGUGUGUUUGUCUGUGAGUGUAAAGAUCUAAUAGAAGAAAUUUCUCAAUCCCGAAAUAUAAUAUAUACCUGAAAAUAAACACAUCUUAUCGUAUAUUGUAUGCAAACUAUAUUUAGUUUUGCAUUUCUGUAUUAACCGUUUUUCAUUUAACAUUCAAAGGAGAGUUUAGCUCAACUGUGGGAUAAUUGUUUUUAUACUCAUGUUUGGUCGUUGAAAUUGACAAAUGCAGUGGGGAUGUGAAAUAAAUAAUGAUUGAUUGGCAGGUGUGAAUAGAAAAUGCCAUAUAGAUAAUCAGAAUAAUAAUGUGAGAGAUUUUAUUUCCAGAAUUCAUUAAGAAUCCAUCUGCAGUUUUACCUCCAUCUGGCUAAACUGAGUAUUUGUCUAAUGAUCAUCUGGGAGACAUUUUGGGCUCUUCCCCGGGUGGGAUUCCUCUGGCUUCGGUUGAAACAACUGGAAAAAGUGAGGAAAGUCGCAUACAAUCAGUUCAUCUGCUGGCAACUGUGUCCCGGGUCCCUCUCUGUAGUAAAAGGCUUCCCCUGGGAUGCAUUUACUCAGAAUUGUGACUUUCUGUAUGGAAAUUAGUUUGUGUUUUAACAACAGUAGAGAGAGCAUGCACACAAAAGAAUAGAAAGCAAGGACUGAGGAUUUUUUUCUUCUUCUGCAGAAUUCAAUGUGAUAAUGAGGGCUGUGACCCUGGGGAUGUUUGCUCUUUCUACCCCCGCUUUUUUGUCCAUUUUUCCCUUUAAGUGGGUCAGAGAAGCUCAUCUAUAUCAGUAGUAUAACUGUUUUUAUUCAUUCACAGGGAGUUCUCAGCAUCAUACCACAUUCUGCCUUUAUAAGGCAUUAUCAUUGUUGUCUUAUUAGUAAUGGAGAGGAGGUAUUUAUGUACGCUCAUAAACACGUCUCCUGCUAAGUGUCUGUCUUGUGUAUGCUAAGUAAACACCAUGCUGUUCUCAUCGUUUUUCCAAGUGCUGGUGCCAUACACCAGUAAGUAGCACGAAUAAAACUGGCUUUGAUGCAUCUCAGUGGCAAAAGUGAGAUGGAUUCAUUCCCUCUUUUUUGUCAAGCAAAUUCAAAGAGAGAUGUAAGGUGUUGGAUGGUGGAUCAGCUAGUCUGACACUGCCAGUCAAUCUGAUCUCUGCAAUCGAUCACGCUUUCCUCUGUUAAGCAACUCAUCUGCCCCUAAAACUAGCUGAGGCACAGUGGUAUUAGAGUCUUAAAUCUUAAACUGACACUGAAAGAAAAUAUCUAUAUUUAGCAGUAUAAGGAAAUUCAAUUCAGGACAAAUACAAACACCAAAGAGAUUUGGCUUGGAAGUUCAUCAGACAUGCGGGGAGAGAGUCUCCAUUGAGGUUGGAAGGUCCUUUCUUGUUUUGUAUCUUUUAUAUUUGUGAAUGACUCUCAAUGUCAAAAUAAUUGGAGGCAUCCCAGGGCACAAGAACAACUUCCACUUUAUAAUCAACCACUUUUUCAUUCCUUUCUCCCAUUUUUGACUUUCUUUUCUGCCUUCCCUGUCUGUGUCUGUGUCUGAUCUCUCAUUCUGCAUGAUGACCUUUGAAAAGCAAGGCUUUAGCCACAGGUGUGUAGAACAUGUGUGUGCGCGCGCGUUCUUGCUGCCAUAAAUAAGUGUGUGGCAGAGUGUAUCAUGCAUUUUUAAUGACCACUUGGAUGCACACUGUUAGGAGGCAUCACGUUAUCACAGGAUUUACAAUGUAUACUGGGGUCUGAUCUUAACGGGAGCACUUUAACACAUGAACACAUUAUUCCCAGGUCUCUGUAGCCCCCCCUUCUGGCCAGAGUAAAACACAGUGGAAUAAUUUGUUUAAUAUACUGUAUUUCUAUUAGAAACUAGAAAAGCCCUCGGAGAGCGCAGACCUCCGCCAAGCAGCUCAUGUCCCCCCUUAUAUUGUGAUUCACACCAAAACUUUUACUGUUACGUGUCUUUUAUUAACUUUUAUUUGUGUUUAAACUGGUAUGUUCACUGUUCAUAAUGUUCCUAAAACAACAAAGCUCAUAUUAGAUACAUAAAUGCAUGAUUUAUUAUGCAAUAUUUGUAAGCGUGCACUUCCUUGUAUCUUCAUUCGUUAUCUUUUAGCAUUGAAAAUUCCAACAACACCCUUAUUUUUGUGUGUUCUGGAUCACAGUAUCCAGAAUUUUGUCUGGAUCAGGAUCAACCUUUGACACCUCAUAAAACUCAUUGAGAUCCUUUUGUGUAAUUUUUUACUAAAGACUCUGGCCAUUUUUAUAGAGUUAAAUGCAAAAAUUCCAAAAUUUGCCCUAUCUCACAAUGAUAAAGAAUCCUUCAAAAAAUUCCUGGAUCCAGAAAGCGAUCCGGAUCACCACCAAAAUGUAAUGGGAUCCUCCUGGGGCUGAGACGCACCUCUGGUGAAAAUUUCAGGUCAAUCGGUCUGUAACUUUCUCCGUAAAGUUGUUCACAGACAAACAAACAAAUGAACAAACCAACGCUACCAAAAACAAAACCUCCUUGGCGGAGGUAAUAAAUCAAGGAAAUCAAGCUAAAGUGCUUUUGGAUACAUGAUUAUGAAUUACAAACAGUUAUAAACAUAAACCCUUAUCUGUUUUCUCAGUAGAUAUCCUGGAUUUACUGAAUAAUUUUUAAAGGUUAAGAUUUUUUUCUAAAUUGAGCAGACCAUAAUUGCAGACAUUACUCUUUUUUUUUGGUUGCUUGCCUCCUGAGCUCCUUUCAAUCAUCAUGUUUUUGUCUUUUAAUUCUUGGUGUUCCCUCUUGCAAACGUAGAAAAAACAAACACACUUUCAACAUUUAAUGAAGAACUAAUAAAAGACAAACAAAGGCCGUGGGCAGAGCGAGAACUCAAAACUGAUUUAGUCUGGGAAAUCACAACACUGUCAGUCGUAAUUGUGUGUCUGAUUAAAGCAUUAGUGUUUACAUUAAUUAAUUAUUUACUGAGCAAGCAUCAGCAGAGUGUGAUUUAGAUUUAAAUUUUCUUUAUUUUGUGAGGAUAAAACGUUAUUGUUUGUGCUGAGCAAGAGACUUAAAAGCCUAAAGUGUUGAGUAUUUGGUUUCACAACAGUAAAUCCCUUUUCCUGCCCUUCACACAGAUACAACUAAUAGAAUAACAAUAUUAGGGAUGCACGAUAUUUAUCGGACCGAUAAAAUAUCGGCCGAUUUGGGGGGAAAUUACGUCAUUUUUUAUCGGUCCGAUAGGUGCAUUUUUCCGAUAGAAAGAUCCGAUAUAUUAAUGAAAUAAUGAGUAAGCCUGACCCCGUCACUACCUGACAGAUAAUAAAAUGUCUUCACCAGCAUGGUCGUUUCUCUCAGUGGCAGAAGAUGACAACAGCAUUGCUAUAUGCAAAACCUGUUCAGCGAGGAUUCCGAGAGGAGGAAAGAAGACGUCAAGUAUUAACACAGCGAAUCUGAUAGCUCAUCUGAAAAGUCGCCAUCGCGGCGAAGCGGUAGUAAAAGAAUAUGAGACAGCCGCCGAAGCUGCUAGCGGUACUAAAGCUAAGACAACAACACUACGGAGGAUCGAUGUCCCCAUUCAGCGGGCGUUUAAAAACUGCAAAAGCUUCUCAAGAGACAGCGAAAAGGCUAAAGCCAUUAACGACAAAGUGAUGGAGUUCAUAGCGGUCGACGACCAGCCUUUUUCCGUCGUUGAGAACCCGGGUUUUCGCAAGUUAAUAGCACACUUGGAGCCACGUUACACUCUCGCAAGCCACCGCUUCUUCUCGGAUGUGUCUCUUCCUGCACUCUAUGAUAUUGUCGCCACAUACAUUCACAACCUGAUCGACAAGAACGGACUACACGUGAGUUUUACCACAGACAUAUGGACGUCAGAUGUUAGUCCGGUCAGCAUGCUAAUCCUAACGUCUCAUAAUAGCUCCUUUUACAGUUUACAGUUCUGUUGAACAGUUCAGGGGAUCAAAUGAAGUUCUGCUUUUUGCUCUGUUAUUGUUAUUUAUAGCAAAUGACCACAUUUGAAGAGCCAAAAACUUUUGUUUGUUGUUCUAGAUAGGCCAGAGCAACAAAAACAUCAGUUUUCAAUCGCUGCAUCCUGCACAAACUGCAGAUUAUAUGAAGAUUAUAAUAAAUGUAAAAAUAUGAAUUUAUCGGUUAUCGGUAUCGGUAUCGGCCAUGAGAGGAAGAAAAUUAUCGGUUAUCGGUAUCGGUUGAAAUUUUUCAUAUCGUGCAUCACUAAACAAUAUUCUUCCACUAAAGCCCUAAAAUCACAAUGACCUCCAUGACUCUACAUGUAUCUGUAACUACCUGUUCACAACAAGAAAAUAUAAGCACAACAAGUCUGAACUAUCCAAAUAGCACCUGAAUGUGUCAAAUCUUUCAGGUACAGCCAUCAGUUACUUCCUUACUGGCACCGUAUCCAGUUUUGUUUCACCGUCCUGUAAUGAUGUCCUAUAACCCAAGAGCUGAAACUCUGAGCAGAAUGAGGAAUUUUCCCCCGAAGGACACACUCAAAAAUUCUCAGGAUCUGUAUUACUUUUAAGUCCAACUCCGAUCAAAAGUGUUCUCAGUGGUUGUUAAAUUUUGAUUAUGAAGUUUUUAGCCAAAAUGUCGUUAUCUGUCUCAUUUUCAAGGGCUUUUCUUCUGAAGAGCUCCAGUAGAUCAUUAGCAAUUCGCCUUUGAGUCGUGGGCAGGGACAGCGCUGCUCUGCACACUCCUCUUCACGCUAGCGUGCAGCCUAACAUUGCCGGUGCAGCAGAAGUGGCAGGUUACAUAGGAGCUAUUCAGCUCUCAGACACUAAUGUCUUUGGGAGCAUAAUUAACUUUCUUACGAGCGUUGCAAUCAGCUAAUGCACAUACUUGUUCUGCGACCGUCCUCUCUACUUCUCAAGGCUGGCCUGCAGAGCAGGGCGCCGAGGGCGGAUCUUAGACUUGUGAUGUAGAAAUUCCACUGUUUCUGAACCUGCUGUUUGGGUCAGCCAGAGGUUCACAGUGAUUUUAAUGCAGAAAUACUGAAGGAUGCAAUUUUGCUCUUAGUUUUCUCAGGGUAUGUUCUCUAGCAUCAGAAAAAUGCCAUAUGAACGUAUAGACAACAAGAAAAAAAAGAUUUUUAUCAGAGUGUGUCUUUAUGCUUCCAUUUAAAACCCACACUCAAGAAUAUAGAGCUGCUUAGGAGUCAUUAAAGUCCAGAUUUUCCUCUGCCACUCAUAGAUGAAGACAGGGAGGGUAGAAGGGAGAGAGAGAAAACAUUUGUUGAAAGAAGGUGACCACAAAGUGAAAGUGUAUGAUGUGCCUGAGGCUAGAUCCAAUUACUCCAACAUAUCCUUCCCUCCCCCUCCCCCCCUUCUGUUCGCUCUUUGUCUCUUUGUCUGUGUACACUCUAAUUAAAAACUUAUUUAUUGAUGCCGCACAACUGUUCAGGCAAACUGAUAAAACAGUGACGACAGACAUGUGCACACACUCUCAAAUAUGGGCCUUGUCUAAAGUCCACCUUCGAUUGUUAAUUACAAAUUGUGGCUAUGGACUUACUGCUAUUUGUUUGCUUUUGUUUGCACAAUCUGUAUGAGAUGUAUUUGUGUGUGUUUGUGUGUGUUUGUGUGUGUGUGUGUGUGUAUAAUUUCCUUUCUCUUUCUGAGAUGAAAGCCUCUUUCCAGUGACUAAUGAGCCAGUCUACAACAUCACUUAGAGUAAUAUCUCAGCUGACACCACUAAAACUCUACAGGACACAGGUGGCCCAGUGUGUCAGUGUGUUGAUGUGAGUGUGCGCUGUAAGGCUGCAUACUUGUGACUGUGGGUACCAAGUGUACAGCUUAUAAUAUGUGUUUCAUAGUGAAUCUCCUUUUUUUUUUGAAGACUGGUAUUGUUACACCUGGCAUGCAGGCUGAGGUCAUUGUUUAAAAUAUGGAAAAUGUUAUUUGUUCUCCAUAUCUGCGUAAGAAAGUGGAGAAUUAUGACAAUUACUCAAAAAUACAUGUCAGCACAUUAGACUUUUGUAAUUCUUGAGCUAAAUAUGAGGCUUGCCAUGCCUUCAGCUCAAAUUAAGUCUACACAGUUCAUCAAAUUAAAUAUAAUUAUAUCAAUUUUUGCUACAGGGUAUACUGUAAAUCUCAAAGAAGUAAAAUGAAAUUUUCACGCCUGACCUGCAGCAGAAUCCACUAUUCUGCCCUUUAUAAAGUCAGUGCAUGCCAGCUACACAGUACAUGUCGAUAAAUGGGAAAAGACACCUUGAUGUCUCUUACAGGUUGCUCUUUUGAUGUCUUCGAUUCUGCAUCAUCGUUUAAGUGACCACAUUUGAGAAACAAAGACUCUGUCAGUCUUAUAUUACCAAAGCUUCUCCGUCUAUGCCUAAAGGUAAUUCAUAAGCUAGCUAAUAAGAUAUUCAAUCCAAGUGUUUCUCACAGAAUGAGAUCCUAUUUGUGGUUCUAGCUGCCGGAGCGGUUUAUUAGACAGAUCAGCCAGCAGCAUCAACCUGUCACUCAAAGUGGCCACGCCCAUAAUUAUGCAUCGCUUCAAGCCUUAAUGUUAUUUAAAUGAGUGAAUGACAAAGAUUUAUCCAGAGUUGAGGUGUUAGAGAUGAGGAGAAUGAGCCAGAGGGACCAUAACAGUUUUUUGGCAGCAGCUUAUAAAACUCAGUUCUCUGCUGUGGAAUUUGGCUUUUUAAUAUCGGCCAAAUCAUAGACAUGUUUAUAUGUAGAUGCCACUUUGGCUGGGUCAGCGUGUCUGCCAUACUGCCGAAGUUAACAAACAAUGUAGAUGUAGAAACUGGGUUUUCUGAACUGACUUCAGAAGUUUACAUUGUCCUGAUGUGAACUUUCCUGAAUGCCCUCAGCAAGAUGGCGGCAUCACUGACGCAAUACCCAGCUAGUCAAUGUGAGAUCUAAGAGUGUGAGGUCUAUGGGUCAUAUAGGGGUUGAUUCAUAGAUACAGCCUCAAGUGGCCAUUCAAAGAACGAGAUAAACCUCUGGAUUCACUUUAUUUUCAGACUUCAGGACUUGGUUCAGGACUAAAACACACACUGUACACUUCUCUUUUAUUUCCACAGUAACUUUAAACUGGUUGAAAAUAACUUUUGCCCACAUUUUACUCUCACUAAACCAUAAAAAAGCAGAAAGGAAAUUUACUUACACUGUUACAUUUAUAAGUCCAAACAAGGACCACAGCACACAAAUCGUCAAACUCAACAUCAAGUCUUUUGUUGCUGUUUUAUAUACUAACACCUUUUAUCAUUAACAGUUAGUUACACAAGACAUGGUGCCACAGAUAGAGCAAACCUGUUCAGAAGUGGGUUUUAAAAUGUCUACUAUUACCACUAUCAUUUCUUGUGUUAAUAUAAACACACUGAAGCCUGUUAAACUCUCUGUCACGACUGCUCACCCAUGCCUGUGCUAACAUCCAAUUUGCCUGCAUUACCAUUGAAAACACACUUUAGUAUCUCAAAUAUUUUUUCAUCAAAUUCUUCAACCUUGAUUCUUUUAUUAGUUGAUUCAAUAAAGAUUUCAGACCGGUAGGAUUUAAUUUAACAAAAUAUGUGUCUUUAAUUCACUCUGUGUCACGCUUACCAGAAGACAUGAUGACACAUCCAGGCUCAUAUUUGUCUUCUUUCGAACCAUUACCCGGCAGUGUUUGCACAAUGAGAGCUAUUUUUCCAUCUUUAUACUGCUCUGGAUUCUGCAAGUACUCAGCUUUCUAUUCAGGAUUCCUCCUUGAAGUCUAACAUUAAAGUUGAACAUCGGGGGGAAAAAAAAGGUUCGCUAGCGCUUUACAAAUACUGGCGCAGAGUGAGCCUGUCCUGUUUUUCUGCAUAAGUAACAAUAUUUCAAAUAGCAAUUCUGUCAUCUCUAUAGCAUGUAUGACUUACUUUGUAUUAACCAUCUAACUACGUUUUUUAUUGUUAGAUAGUAUAGUGUAAUAAUAGAUAAACAAUGGUUGAUUUUUAGAUUUAGAACUGGCACUAAUCAAGAUACAAUCAGUAACUUCCAAUUUUCUGUAUCUGUUUGUGUAGCCAACUCUUCAUCUGUCAUUUAUCAUUUUUCUGCAGAGGUGCCGUUUAGUGAUAUUUGUGCGUGUUUUAAAUAGAGUCAUUGUGCCCCAGGUGUUGAACCAUAUUUUUAUUAAUCUGUCGCCUGCUGUCACAAUGUUAUAAUAAUGAGCACAAGAUGUGACAUUAUAAUGUUUUCAUGAGUGUGCCUGUUUGUGUUUGCGUGUGUGUCAAUGUAACACAGUAAUGAACGGAGGCUAUGAUACGAUCAGAGAUAUUUCAGUCUCUAGAGCAGAUGUUACUCAACCUCCCAUCUCCGCUCUGUGCUGAUCAUAUUAAGCAGACGAGAGGUGUCUGCAUGUGUCAAUGUGGACGUGCCUGCGUUGGUGUUUGCGCCAGCCUGUGUGUGUGUGUGUGUGUGUGUGUGUGUGUGUGUGUGUGUGUGUGUGUGUGUGUGUGUGUGUGUGUAUGUGAUAGACAGGGGAAAAUAGCAAGAGGGAGAGGGAGGGAGCGGUGCAGAUGGGAAAUUCUAACUAGACUUAUGGUAAGCCAGGGACAAAUGUCUAAUACAUUCAGAGAGAAGAAAUCCAAGCUGUGUUGGUGGGGCACAACAUGCUCACAGUUACAUUUCAAUCUUUACCCGCGAGGAGAUUUCUUUUUUUUUCUCCUCUCAUCUAAUACAGUAAUCAACAUUGACUCAACAGAGAGGAGGUGUGUUUUCUGAUUCACUGCUGUGGUACUUUGUUAUAAUUACAGUCAUUUAGCUGUGACAAGAUAAAUAGUACUUUCUCCGUCUACCAGUAUGUGAUUACUUAACUGUAAUACACACAAGCUUUGUUCAUUUGUGACACAUUUACUGCAAUAUUUUCAAUGGCAAAAACAAUGUAUAGGAAACACCGGGGUGGACUGUUGGAGGGAUAUAAGCUAAGACUUUUCUAGGGGUGUGUUGAGACACCAGAAUUACACGUUUACAGAUUUUUAAAACACUGUCUACCAGAACACAGAUGUGUCAAGCUAUUCUUAUAACCUGACUGAAGCCUGUUGACUGAAGCCUGUCGUGAAUCUGUGUCACUCUGCCUCGGUGACUUUGUUUGUAUUCUUAUAUUAUCAAUAUGCUAAAUUCUACAAUACUUCUGCAUGCCAGAGAUUAUACAUUACACACUAACACUCCGUAACAAAGACACGAGGACUCUAAAUACUAAUUUUGUCAAUAAUCGAUCAUACCAGAUUACGCUCCAUUGGUGUUGAAACAAGGGGAAACAUGACAGAUAGAUGGACAAAGUGACUGUGAACGUGUAAGUAUUACGAAAGAGCAAGAGUGAAACAAAAACAGGACAUUUAAUUGUGUCGUCUGGUGUUGAUCUGUCACUGUGAGAUCUAACUGAAGUCUGUGUUCACAUCAAACAAACACUUGCCUCAUAUGAGCGACUGCUUCUCAGGGUCAGUGUGCAUCCUUUUCUUCUUCUUUGGCACUUUGGCACUGGACUGACUUUGAUACAGCGCCACCACUAUAUCAGUUGUGUUUCAGAAACAUUAUAGUUAGUGGAUUCGCUUGGAAUUCUUAACAGAAUAUGGACAUUAUAGCAGUCUGUAGUGGAAGUAAAUACACGUGUUUACCAUACAUACAUGUGACCCAAAGAACCAAAGCAAGUGAAUGGAACAGGCAGCAGCUGUAGAGCUAUUGCUCCCGUUGGAGGGUUUGGCCUCUGAGAGAAACCAUGUGGUGCAGCAGGGCUAUCCCCUGGGCUCUCACAGCUGCAGAGACCUCUGCUCCUGCUCUCGUUUUCUUUUCAUUGUCUCAUAUUAACACAUGUCGACGAUCUGCGCAUCUCUCGCUCUUUGUAGUCCUCCUUUUUCAAGUUACUACAUCUCUCUUGACCUUUUGUCACAGUUCUUUGUCAAAGCUGAGUAUGGAAUCAUCCCUUCUACAUCUGCUGACCUCUGUCUCACUCAUAUCAUGCUCUUUUCUAUUCCUCUACUCUUAAGUAUGUGCUCUUUUGUAUUACGCCUCUCUUACUUUCCUCUCCUGUCUCCUCCCUCUUCGUUGCUGACUUUCAAGUUUUUCAUUUUCCGUGAAUUUCUUCUUGUUUCCUCCUCCUUUUGCAAGCCUCAUUUGCGAUAUUGGAUAUGUUACAUUUAUGUAACACAGGAACAUAUGUUGCAAAUGGGAGGAUGCACUUAUUUGCCUCUAACCCAGAAAAUGAACUAAUUGACAAACCUUUUAACUAACACGCACUUCACCCAACAACCUCCGCCCAACCUGGUACAUACAGUAUCCGCUUCUUCUUCCUCAUCAAACCGUUCUUUUAAAUAAGCAAAGUUUUAAUGAGAACUUCAAACACUGAUCAUGCUGGCUGAGUCUGAACUUUUUUUCAUUUUGGACCGUCUCCUCUGUUAAUCCAUCUGCUUCUCCUUCACGAUUUUCACUCUGUCCUGUUUCUAAGACUGACCCUUCGCGUCUCCUCCAUUUGUGCUUUCUUAUCGUCUCUUUGAGUUGGGACUCAUUAUGGCAAGUAAGUAACAAGCGCCCAUGAAUGUGGACACGUUGUCAGAAACGAGCGGAGAGAUAAGGAUAAGGCUGAAUGUGGGUGUUAAUGAUCUUUUAAGCCGUUGCUUCUCCUGCGAGUAUUGCUUUGUUGUCUGGGGGUAGACGGCUGUGUGCUCUGAAUGGCCCAUUGAUUUCAGGCAUGUGGAGCCUUUAGACACACACACACAUACACACACUCAGAGGGAGUCUGGGAGGCUCUGUGAGGUUUAGCAGAGCCUGUCUCAUCUUCCCUGUCUAUCCUUUAAGCUGUGCUCUGCUUUCUCACUAAAUGCAUGGAGGGCUGUUGGGCUGCCCUAGCAGAAUGACAACUAAGUGAGUAGGGUAGAAAUUCCUCUCUGUGGGGCGAGCAGGUAAAAGACUCCGCUGCCAUCCAACACUGAGGCCAGCUCCCAAUGUUUCUGGGCUUGCCGCAGUAUAAUGAUGUCAUUUAUCAGUGGAAAGAGCAUGGGACGAUGAUGGUGUUAUACCAUGCUCCUUAUUUGGCAGCUGGAAUAUUGAUGGGUACAACCUUUAUUUGGGUUGCUUUUGUGUCCAAAUAGGAUUGUAUUAAAGAAAAUCACACGUAUCAGUAAUCCUGCCAGCAUAUAACCAAGGAUGAUUCCUCCACGCUGUGUUAAAAUUCAUGUCUCCUUCCACUGCUCUUUUUUUUUUUUUUUCCCCUGCGAAAGGACCACAUUCUUUGCAUUAGUCCUUCUAUGGAUGACUCAAAUUCCCAGUCCCCUUGCAUCCAUGCAUUCCUUAUCCCCCAUUAAGGCAGCGGGGAAGCCGUGGCUCUCCUCAUACCUCCAGCGGUCAUCCGGUGACAAAGUGGACUCAUUACCUCAUGGAGCUUGGGUAUCCGUACCACAAUAAGUCAGAAGAAGACUAAUGAGCAGUUAGAUCAGGCAAGUUUCAGGGAGUGUGUUAUGCACUCCCAUAACUAAGCAGUUGUUGCGCUAAAUCUGUGCGUUUCAACUGAGCAACACUGGCUGCUAAUCAAAUUGGCAGAAGCGGCAACUUGCCGUCACUCUGUAAUGAAGUGUUAUGCCAGUUUAGUGAGGUUAGCUGUCACUCAGGGAGACGUCUCAUCAAAUCAAAGCCCCGCAGUUAAAAGCCGAUUUUAUUGUUGCUUUGCUCUGGGUGGAGGGAUUACCUGUCUGUGUGUUUGACAAAAGAGAUAUAGAGAGGAAGAAAACGAGAGACGCAAUUAGGUAUCUUUCCUCGCACAACCCCCUUCUCACCCUCCCACAUAUCUCCCAGAGGGGAGAGGAGCCUCGUCAGAGCUUUAUCAUGAAUUUUUUAUCACAGUUGGUCUGCUCUCAGGAUGUGCACGUGUGUGUGUGUGUGUGUGUGUGUGUGUGGCGUGUAGAUUUUUAUACACCAAACCAUGUCAGAGAGGGUAUUUUUAGACAAAUGCUGUGGUCCUAUAUCACUUGUUAAUGUCACACAGAUUGCCUGAGUAUGAUGAAUGAUGUAUCAAGCAUUGAACAACUGUUGCUAAUACUUCUGCGUCAUAUCACUUACAACAUCACACUAGGAGAGAAAUCGUGGUGCAGAGGACAGAUCUAUAAUCAAUAAACAUGUUCACGCAUCCCUUUGUGUGUGUCUGCGCAUGCAUUUGCAGAAGCAUAUUGGACAGCAGGCUAAUUGAAGCCCAGGCAAUAACACGCGGUGGUAUUAAUGCGAUGUGAUGUCACACUGACUCUAGCUGAUAUUAACCUGAUGACACAACCUUCUGUACUUGGCAUUUUCAACACAGAUAUGAACUGAUCCCCGUUUCACAGGUGGCACAUAAUUAAAGUUUUAAUUAUGUGAUUUUUUUUCGUGGUCCACACCUGUGGGAUGAAAUAUUAAUAACCGUGUUUUUGUUUUGGACGCGCCGCAUUUUGUGUGUACUCGCAGUCUUGAAUUCCAAAUUUUGGCAUCGCACAUUGUAAGCUCGAGGAACCACACAGAUGGAUGUAGAACAGAAAGUUUGUUUCACACAAAGAAUAAGGCGUUUAUCCAGGGUUGUGAUAGCAGCUGUCCAUGCUAAGAAAGGGUCAAAUACAAACUGGUGUAAAACGUUUUGCCAUCAAUAAAAAAAAGGAGAAGGUGCACUUCAGCGAGAGAUAACAGAGAUAUUAGCGGUUUAGAGAUGAACUUAUGUUUAAAGGUGAUCUUUUUUUGAACAGCUUUAAUAAUACAAAUGAAAAUACAAACUCUGAAAUCUGGAAUAAAUAAACUGAACCUGUCAUUUCAUCAAAAUUAUGCAGUUCAGUUUUACAAAAAAAUCAACAUCUAUUCUGUGAUGAACAGUUGCAGUCAACUUCUUAAAGCAUCCUUGACUCAAAAUGUAUAAAGCUUCAUAUUUAAUGACUUGAAUCUUUUUUUUUAAAAACUGAUUGUUUGACUAAGAUAUUCCUGCAUACUCAAAACUUAAUUAAUCCAACUCAGUUUAAACUUCAUUUACAUAAAUUGCAACACAUGAGGAAAAGAGUCUUUGCUGGGAAAAAGGAAAGGAAGGGCACCAGCAGCUAAACUUAUUUUCUUUCACUGUGGUUUUGUUAUCACGCCUGAUAUACAUUUAACACCUCUGACUAGGUAUUAGUAAAGUUAGAGCAAAAUUAGAGCAGAUCUGUAUGAUGAGUAGGGUUGGGAGGAAAAAAUCGAUACAGCAUAGUAUCACGAUAUUUUGUCUGGUGUAUCAUGUUGUCUCAUUGACUAAGUAUUGAUUUUUCAAAUUAAUUGCUAAUAUGAAGUCAAAUCUAUAACAAUGGAAAAAUUAAAUCUACAGUUUGUCCAGUGAGGUUGGCAGAGGUGACAUUAUAGAGCAGAAGAACGUUAGUACAACAAAUAUGUAUGAGGUUUGCAAGAUGUGCUACACGAAAAUAAUAGGUGUAAAUAAGAUAACAUAAUGGAAAGUCAAAUGCUAAAUUAGCUAAACAGUUGAAAAAAAUUGUGUAUUCUUAAUAUAUUGUCUCACAAUACUCACUUUAUCGCCAAAUGUUAAAAAUAGCAUUAAUAUCAUAUCGUGGCCCAAGUAUCGUGAUAAUAUCGUAUCAUGGGACCCCUAAUGAUGAGCAUAUAAUUGUAAGUUCAAUUAACCUUCAGUCAAAUCAUUAGAAUAAAAACUGGCAUACCUGCCUAUUUGAAUCACACAAUGACGUUUUAUUAAACAGCAUGUUGUGAUAUAAGUCUCUCCAGACAGGAUCAUAAAUAGACUAAAAGCACUUUCUAUGCCCAGAGAAGCAUCAGCACGAAGCUUUUGACAGACAUUAUUCUAAUCCGGAAGCACAUGACUUGGAAGCUGAAGCACCGAUUGGAAAUGUUAUUUUUGUACAUGAUUAACACGAUGCGUGACAAUGUCUUGAUCAUUAUUUUGCAUCAGAGUGUGUGUAUGUGUGUAUGUUUUUUUUUUGGCUCAAAUGUAGUGUAUUUUUAGCAGCGACAGACAGUGCAGAGGAGGUGGAGACAGGUCUGGAACAGAGCCCAGGACUUGGGGCCAAAGAGACGGGACUGUUGAUCAAGAAUGAACCACUCCUGACAGCGGACACAUGGUCAUGGACAGAGACAUACUCAGAUUCACGCUCAGUUAGAGCAUAGAUUGACCUUUUCUACGAGCAGCACGUCCAGUUAUUGCUCACGCAUUGGACCAACACGCCUUAUGUUGUCCUCUCCUACUCACUAAGUCCAACAGAUGGAUAACAAAAAUAGAUUCUACUACAAAUAAAGUUUGUUUCAUCUGCUGUUAUCGCUUCAGUUAAUUCAAAACAUAUCCCUGAGUAGAUUUCUAUGAAGCUACCGUAACCUUGCUGUAGAAAAAGUCAACGUGUCAGAGAGGUGGGUCAAUACCUUUCCCCACAGGGUUGUCAUUAACUAGUUCAGUCAGAGAAGGGCAGGCCAGAGCGAAGGUUUGAUCUGUGUGGAUUUGUGCAGGUGAGCAUGUACACAGUCCAGGGGAAUGGUGUCAGUUUCAGUUUGUUUCUCCGCCUGAGGACCCUCACUGCUGUUUUAUUUAGACACCUGUACCUUUUCCACAUCACAAAACUACACUGAUGUAAUUGAGGGGAUUUUUUGGGAUAGCUGGUGGGACUAUAAGGAAAAAAGACUCCUCUCUUUUCUGUGUCACAGUAUUCUUGUCAGUGUUGCUUUCAAUUUAGAUCUCUUUGCCUACAAAACAAAUAAUGAAGACAGAGUCAAAGUGUGGAGGAUCACAAAGGAAGCAGAUUAAAGUGUUUGUUCAUUUGCGUUAUAAAACAGCAUGAGCUUAUGUGGUUAAACAGUGCACUUCUGAGCACAUGUAUCAGUUUUACAAAAAGGUAAAGCAUGGGAGUAUUAAGCCAGAUCAGAUUUUGGAGUGGUUCCUGUUCAACCCUUCUGUUGAUAAAGCAAUGCUGGUGUUUGAAGCCAAGCUCUGUGAUGCAUGAUGAGUAUAGUCCUCAAUUUUUCAAGUUUUUCCAUCAAAAUUCAAAUUCUUAUGUGCAGAGCAACUGCUCUCUUCUUUUUCAUCUUCCAGCUGGUGCAUUUCACGCGGCUGGACACUAAAUAUGUUCUCUACUCUGGUACAACAACCGCUGAUUUGUCUAUGAGGUGUGUUACCAAAGGGAAGUGGUCUAACUGUAUACUAGAUGGUAUGGUGUAGAACAGCACUUAUUACUGGAUGCAGGAUAGUGCUGCGACACUGGAAAAUGAAAUAAGUUUUACAAGUGAAGGAAUGGUUUGAUGAGAAGGCCAAGAUCGCUUCCUGCGAAUGACUUAGUUAUAGUUGCAAGACAAGGAAGACUUAUGAAAAUAUGGGACUCUUAAGGUCCUUACACACCGGGAAUGACACAAAUAUACAACGCAGUACUUUCGGGUUCCAAAAAAAAUACUGACAUCUGAAAUAAUCGCACAAAAAAAAACGCUCCCAGUGUGUAAGGGCCUUUAUACUGCAGCAUCUUGAUACAAUGGUGUGUUGCACCCUCAGGCUAACUUUUGUCUCCAGUCUGAAUUUGUAUACAUAUGUUUAUAUUGGUGCAUUAAUACUGUCUCUGUCGGACUCCCUCAGUGCGUUUGUUUGUCUUCUUUUUUUUUUGUUUUUGUCGAGGCUCUGUUUGGCCUUUGUUUGACUCAUGUUAUGGUAUAUGUAUUAUUUUUUCCUGUUGAAAACUAAUGAAAAAGUGAAUUACCAAAAAAAAUAAAAAUAAAGAUAAAAGGCACUAAAUACAAACGUGCGUAUCAUAUAGUUGGUCUAUUCUACAGCUGGUAUACUAUGAUGCCAAACAGUGGUUUUAGAGGAAGGAUCAUGCUUCUGUAGAAAUUUAAACAUACUUGUUAGUAGGGCUGAAACGAUUACUCGAGUAACUCGAGUAACUCGAUUAAUAAAAUUCCUCGAGGCAAAUUAUAUGCCUCGAGGAAUCGUUUAAAUCCGGAACCAUGUGCAGCGCACGGUGUUUGACACGGACGCUUAUUUCUGUUGCGCAGAAGCGUGCUCUUUCCGCUCCUUCCGCUGCCGCGCGUUUGGUUCAAUCAUGGGCUGUGUCCGAAAUGGCAUACUGCCUACUAUCUACUUACCUACUCAAGCAGUAGCUACUGCCUACUGACUACUCAAAGAUGAUUUGAGUAUGCCGCGGCUGCCCGAGCGUUUACAUACAGAUGCAUACUAAAUACCCCAGAAUGCAUUUCGUGCCGGCCGGACGCAGCGCCGGGAAAAUUUAAAUAGUCCUACCACAAGCUACAUAGAACGACUGCAUUCUGGACAAAUUAUAUAAAUUCAUUCAAUAAUAAUAUUUUUUCUAGCGAGAAACUAAGUGUUUACAUCACGAUUAUGAGCCCAGUUGUUUGAAAUAGUGGCUGUUUGUAAAUUUGUCUCGGCGUUUUCGGAGACCGAAGCGUCCGCUUGGUCGGUGUUUGCGUCUAUUUACCGUAAACACCGGGCAGCAGCAGCUCCCCCUUUACGUUUCCAAAUUAUUGCGAAGUGUUUUCAUAAUCAACAUCUACACGACACAAACCGGGCGGCAGUGGAUGAAAAAAAUCACACAAACAUCCGUGUAUCCAUGGUGAUAAUGCUAUACACCACCUGCUAGGCCUGUGAUGAGCAGCAGAGGGCUGCAAAAUGACCAACACACAACAUAAUUAUUAUGACCUCGUUCGGUUAUUCCUUGGCAAAUACAUCAUUUCCCGACUACAUUCUUUUCAUGUACAAUGAUUAUUUCAGAAACCAUCAGAUUUUCAAUCACAAGUAAGAAUUAGUAAAGCUCACAUAGAUUGUCAACUGGAAACUCCCCCGUUUGUAUAUUCUGAACCAUGUGCUCUCUACCAAAGAUACUUUUUAUUAAUCAGAGGUCUGUGCUUAAUAUGAGCGACCACUUUGAUGAUGCAUUCAGAGAUGAGAAGAUGCUCAAACUUGAUGUAAUAAAUACAUCUUUAAUAGACACUUAAAUAAAGUCAAUUCAUACAAAUAGUUAAAAACAUUACCUAUAAUCCUAAUUUAAAAUACAAAUAAAUCUGGUAAAAAGAUCAAAGUAUGAUAAAAUGAUGAAAAUUGUGUAAUGUAUACUGACUAAAUAUUGUUUAUCUAUUUAUAUAAAUAUCAUUAUUAUUGCAAUCACAUGCCAUCUAUUUCUCUUCAGCCUCGGGAAGGAGGGCCAUAUUACCAGCUGAGGUGCGCAAUGCAUUGUGGGGCAGAAGCAGUACGUGAAGCAAGCUCCGUUGCACACUCAGAAAUCGAAGCCGAUUGAGUAUACAUCCGGGCAUUUCUCGCAUACACAAAAUUCGCAUACUGUACAGUGUGAACGCACUGCCUACUCAAUUCAGAGGCGGGGUUAGUAGGAGUAGUAGGAGUAGUAGGCCAUUUCGGACACAGCCAUGGAGGGAAACGAGGACAGACAGAAGCUGUGUCCGAAAUGGCAUACUGCCUGCUAUCUACUUACCUACUCAAGCAGUAGCUACUGCCUACUGACUACUCAAAGAUGAUUUGAGUAUGCCGCGGCUGCCCGAGCGUUUACACACAUACAUACUAAAUACCCCAGAAUGCAUUUCGUGCCGGCCGGACGCAGCGCCGGGAAAAUUUAAAUAGUCCUACCACAAGCUACAUAGAACGACUGCAUACCGGACAAAUUAUAUAAAUUCAUUCAAUAAUAAUAUUUUUUCUAGCGAGAAAGUAAGUGUUUACAUCACGAUUAUGAGCCCAGUUGUUUGAAAUAGUGGCUGUUUGUAAAUUUGUCUCGGCGUUUUCGGAGACCGAAGCGUCCACUUGGUCGGUGUUUGCGUCUAUUUACCGUCAACAUCUACACGACACAAACCGGGCGGCAGUGGAUGAAAAAAAUCACACAAACAUCCGUGUAUCCAUGGUGAUAAUGCUAUACACCACCUGCUAGGCCUGUGAUGAGCAGCAGAGGGCUGCAAAAUGACCAACACACAACAACAUGUAAAUAAAAAUGUAACACUUUUAUAUAUUGAAUAAAUGUACAUUUGCUUGUCAAAUUAUGUUAGUAUCCAAGAAUUAUAUUAUUUCAGCCUAUUAAUUAAACAAGUAAAAUUAGAUCCAAAGCCUGGAAAUAGUUGUGACUGGUUUAGUGAAAACUGCAAAGAUCAUUACCAUAGCAAUUAAAAGACCAUCUGCAGACCUUGCCUUCAGUAGUUUCAUGUGAACUACAUGGUAAAAUGUAAAACUUUUGGUUCCUGAUUUAUGCAGUAAAAAUAUUCAUUUGAAAGACCUGGCCUAUUUCAGUUUUGUGUGUUACUGAUGGUUUUUAAUGAGGCAAACGUGAUUCAAUGCAAAGUAUUACAGUGAGAGCAAAACAUUUCUUAUCCGAUUACUCGAUUAAUCGACAGAUUAAUCGAUAGAGUACUCGAUUACUAAAAUAAUCGAUAGCUGCAGCCCUACUUGUUAGUAUUAAACCAUUUCUACCAGGUCUGUAUCUAAAUCCUACCAGCUUUCUACUUUCCUGGAUGUCUGCAGAACAAUCAAAACAACAGCCAGUUCAGUUUUCUGUUGUCAACGAUGAAUUUUUGUGUUAUUUUUCACUUUUGUUUGACAGAGUGAGCAUGUGUUUGUGUUAGAGAGGUGUGUAGAGCAAAGGUGAGGAAGCUUCAAUUUUUAUUUCCAUAUUAAUAGUAUCCGGUUUGAUUGACAGCCUCUCAGCUGGUAAUCCAUUUGCACUUGACUUUAUUCAGUAAUCUACGAUUCCAAACACUGCCAACCCUGCUUUUGCUCUUUACUUCUCUUCCUUUUAUACACACAUCGAAGCUUUCUCUUGCACGCUCACACACACGCACACACACACACAGAAGCAGACUCUAAUCUUCUACAGUACAACCUUUUCAAUCUGACAUUAUGACUUUCUAUCUUGUGGCCUUUAGUGGCCAGCGCUAUAAGACAAAGACGGCCCUGUGGUUUGAGCUCUGCGAGCGGGGUCAUAACCAGGCCUGAGAUGGUUUCUGUCGAUUUUUAGCAUACCCUCUUUUUACCAAGACUGAUUCUGAGAGAGAGAGAGAGAAGGAUAGAGAGAGAGAGAAGGAUAGAGAGAUACCUUGUUCAGGUUCCAAUCUAAUUCUCUGUCAUAUUUCACUCCCCAGAAACUGGCCACAGCUGCUGAGAACUUCCAGAUGGUUCAUCAGUGGAAAGACGAGUUUGAGGUAACAGAAGGAUGGAAAAAUAUAGAAAUGCCCAAAGGAAUACCUGCAUAAUCACAAGUAUUAAGAGUUUUAUGUGCAAGUUUUAUGUGUAUUGCAUCAUGUUUGGGGGGAAAAAGGGAAGCAGACACACGCUUGAAGUGUCACACAGACAGUGCGGGUUUACUGACCAUAAAUUGAUUUUAUUGUUUGAAUAGGUUUAAUCUGUUUGCGUCUGGGUGUCCUUAGCAGUGAUUACAGCUCCAUUACCAAAUAAAUUUAUCGCACAUUAAAUGCUGGGUUAUGACGCAUUAAGCUCCUCACUUUAAAUGACAGAUACUCCACUUUCCAAGAACCACACUGGCAGAAAAUUAAAACGCAGAGUGAGGCUGUGGUCAGGACAAAUCUAUGUCACAGAGAUGGAUCUGUAUGUGUCUAAGCUGUGCUUUAUAUAAUGUUGCUUUCUCAAUGGCUUUAUAAUGCUUCCCUGGAGUAUUGCAAAUGGCUGUAGGCAUGCAGACACAGAUGUGAAAAGAGAAACCCUCUGCACACUCAUCUCAGACGGUAUUAAUUCGAUUGGUAGCAAAGACCAGUGUCUUCAUUAGCAUAAAACUGGGGAAUUACCUAAUGGAGUUGUCUGCCAACAAAAUAAAGAAGGGUCUAGAGAUGGAUUAAACGGUUAAAGGCAGAAUAAACAUUACACUGUUAUGAAGCUGCAAAGUCACAUUUGUCUGUGUGUGUGUGUGUGUUUACAGGAUGACGAAAUCGCCUACUACAAUGCAAAAGACAAUGUAAGUGUGUGUCUUUUUCCCUCCUGCCUUUUAACUCGUCUUGUGUUUUAGCCCCCGCAAACAGAACAGUCACACACUCAGACACAUACAGGUACUAUCAUUUUUUUCCACACAGCAUCUUCCCUCUCUCUUGUCCUCCCUUUCACCUCCUCCUCAUUCCCUCAUCCCCUAUCCACAUUCACUCCCUAUUUUUUUUUCCUACUUGGUUUUCUCUCAUUGCCUCAGCCUUUAUACUGCAAUCCCUCCCUGUUCUGCCUCUUCUCUAGGCUUUUCUUCUACUGUAGCUUCCUCUCCGCCACCCCUCCUCCCCUCCUUCUCUCUCUCUCUUUCGCAGGUGAAGAGGUUUCUGCCAUGUUUCUCCUCUAAUUGACAGAUGAGAUGUAUGAGCUGGCUACACUGUUGCUUUAUUAGGAAGCAACUGUUCACACUCUCCCCCUCCCUCCCUAUCACUCUCCACCUCACUACCUCUCCACCCUCCAUACUUCCCUCUGCUUCUCAUCAUGCUUUCCUUCAUAUAUGUCUUCGUCUUGUACUGCUCUCAUUGAUGUAAAUUGCCAAAUGCAUGAGUAAUAAAUCUCCACCAGGAGCAUAGACAAUCUGUCUGUCUCCUACCACACCUCCCAAGAGAAACUGAAAAGCAGGAGAAAAAGGAGAAAAAGGAGAAAUCGCUAGGCACACACUCCAUGAUGGUGUGUUUCCUUAAACACGCUGGGGGGUUGUGGAAAGUGCAGCGAUGACAUUAUCACAUCAGACUUGAGUUGAUGAGGACGUAUAGUCAGAUUGUCUUUGAAUGUGCCACGCUUUUAUGUAAACCCACAAGCUGUUUCAUGAAAGGAAUGAUGCUUCAGCAAAUAGAAUAAAAGAGGCUUUGAAUGAUAUCCUAAACCUAUGGUCAGCUUCACAGUCUGCAUCUUGAUUUCUUUUUUUUUCAUCUCCCGUCAGCUGGAUGCAAAUGAGACAGAAGGAAGAAAAUACAGGAUUCGACCCGACUUUAAAGAAGACCCUUCGUUUAAACGACUGACCGACCACAACCACACGGCUGUCCACAUCCCCACGGACAUCUAUGAUGGCUGUGAGUAAACACGCACGCAUGCACACACAAACCUGAAAUGGUUACCAUGGAUACAACUGACACACGAACCCAUUAUAAAAUGCUGUAUACAGAUAGUGCCUCCAGCAAAUUUGCCCAUGGCUAAAUGAUGGUUUGAAAAUGUGAUAAAGCAUAAUAGGAUCCUCUACCUGGCUCUGCCGUGUGUCCUUGGGAUGUAACUCAACAAAGGAGCUUCUAACUGGAAUGAAUGGAUAUGUGCUCAUGCCUUUGUUGGAGCAAACCUCCGAACCCACCAUGUUUCAAUCCAUCUUUGUUUCUUUUUAUUUAAAUAAAUAAAUUAAUAAAAAUAAAAAUUAGAAAGUCUUUUAUCCAGAUUUUCAUUUUGAGGCCUUGAGUUACAAUCAUAGAGAGAAAAACAUUUAGAUAACUUUCGAUAUUAAUCAGAUUCUAAUUAGUUUCUAUUAGUUUUUAAAACUUCUCAACAAAGAGGAAAGAUUUCUUUAGGAAAUCUGUAUUUAAAUUUUAGUUCAAUGAACAGAUUUUAUAUCCACAAAUCCCCUAUCAAACAGCACUAAAUUAAAUCUUAUAAUGUCUUCACCCAAUUGGCAGCGGUUGCCAUAUUAGUAAUGCUGACCCAACCUAACCUUUAGUCCACAUACCAGGGCUGGAGGUGGGAGAAAAAAUCAAUACAGUAUAGUAUCGCGAUAUUUUGUCUGGGGAUAUAUCAUCUCAUUUACCGAGUAUCGUUUUUCAAAUUAAUCGUGAACAUGAAGUCAAAUCUAUGAUAAUGGAAAAAUAAAAUCAACUGUUUGUCCAGUGAGGUUGGCAGAGGUGAAAUCAUAGAGCAGGAGAAAGUAAGUACUACAAAUAGAUAUAAGGUUUGCAAGAUGUGCUACAUGAAAAUAAAAUACAGCGUAAAUAAGACAAACAUAAAGGAAAGACAAAUGCUAAAUUAGCUAAACAGUUUCAGUAUGAAUCGCAAUAUAUUGUAUCCCAAUAUUCACUGUAUUACAAAAUGUUAAAAAUCGCAGUAAUAUUGUAUCGUGGCCCAAGUAUCGUGAUAAUAUCGUAUCAUGGGGCCACUGGGGAUUCUCACCCCUACCAGGGGUGGUGUCCAAAUAUUUACGGUGUCCUUUCCUGUCAGUCAAAUCGGCUGUGCCUCUCUUAUCCUAAUACCUGAAAAGAAAUGUAUUCCCCGUACCAAAGGGUGGGGUUGCUGCUCAAUCAUAUCAACCUAUGGAGGGAGUCUAAGGCAAAAAGACUAGUUCCUGUUAGCAUUCAAACUUGAACAUCACUGCAGCCAUGAUGUUCAGACUUGUCUUAGAGUCAAGAAAUACCAACAAUGAAUACGCACUAUGGUGCAGAUAAUGCUGGGUGAAGAACAAUUCUUGGAUUCAAAGUCUUGGUUACAUUUUCGGUACAAUAAGGGGAACACAUACAAAUAUUGGUACCAACAUAGCUACAUAUUAAAAAAAACUUCUGAGUUUGAGUAAAUCUGAGUAAAUGUAUGUAUUCGGUGGGGUUCUGGGGGUGGGUAACACCUGUAGUAGGAGGAGGAGGCGGAGUCAUACAUUAUGGUGAUCGUCUCUGUGUUUGUAGCACUACAGCAUGGCUAUUCCACAGCAGUAAAAAACAGCUAAAAGGCAAUUAGGAUAAGCAGUGAAAAGUGUAAAGUAGAAAAACUCCACUCCACAUGUAUGAUGUCCUCCUCACCCUGCUCUCUCUCUGUAGUCAGAGAGAAAAAUAUGGCCAUUUGCAGCAGAGUCUGAUCCAGUUGGUUUUUCAGAAGUAGAGUGCAGGUGUGACACAGAAUCAUACUGGAAAAUAAAAGAAUUUAGCUAAACUUUCCUCUACACUUUUUGAUUAUGAAAAAAAGCCUGAAAUAUAAAAGUACUCAAUAUAAUAUUCUAUAAAGUGUUGCAUUCUCACAACCAAGUAAGGAUCAUACCACCAUAUUGAUGGAUGAUACAAAAUCAAUAUCAGUGUGGCUCUGCUACUUGUUGUCGUUGUUUGUUGCAUUCAAAUAAGUAGUUUAUGUACUGUGUAAAAAAGUGUCACAUUACAAUGACACAUUUGUGUGUUUGCUCUGUUUGUCUCUAAAGUACAUUUCUAAACAUUUCCUCAUCAUGUGCUGACAUUUACCUUCAACACUUUGGAAUAAUUUGAUUCUCAAGAGUCCCUCUGACAUUAGCACAGCUCAAGCUGAAUGUCAAUGACUUUGGGAUUGUCUGUUGAAUACCUUAACUGUGGUCUGAAUUAUGCAUUUUAAUCGCUUUCUUUUAUUCUAUUUUUAUAUUUGAAGCACUCGGGUGAUGCUCUCAUCAUAGUAUGACUUACAAUGAGUGAACAAUGAAGUUCUCAGUGGCUCAUUCACAGAUACUUCAGCAGGAGCCACGGUUCGUGAUGAGUUCGAAACACGAGUACAAUUACAGAAAUGUUUCUCGUACCAACAGGCUGCACUGAAGCCGCUCGGCUGGUUCUUGUGUAUUUUUAUCUGUAGCUGUGUGAGACUGAGUAAGUGUGUCUGUGAUUAGUGUGCGGUGGAAAGCAGUGCGUCAGCAGUGACUUUGAGGGACAGCAGAGUGGAGUGAUUUCCUCAGCAUGGCUGUCAGCCUGCUGGGGAGCCGUCUGGCCCCAAGGUUACUCAUUUCACCUCUCCUCUGACCCCAAACACUCGAGCACAAACCAGGGGUGGGAACUGGCACACACUGCUGAUGAGGUGUGUUAUUUGUAAAGAUAAAAAAACAAAAACAAAACAAGCAUGGAUUAUUUGCAUGCUUUCGAAUUUGUUGCGCCAUUUUCCCCCAAGAUAGCACUUUGGCCACUAUUUAGGCUGGCUGCCAUGACUCUUCACUCUGCCUUGUUUUCAAUGAUGCCGUUUCCUGGGAGCCUGUAAUGAGUAUUCAUUGAUACGCUGAGCUGCUGGGACCUAUCCAGGCCUGAAGUUUGAUCUGAGAGAGAUGAAAGCAGCCCAAGGUGUGCGUGAGGAAAUCAGGGCACUAAAACUGGAAGAAAACUGAAAUAGCUGGAAAUGUUUCAAUAAUACAGGCUGAAAAGCAAAGCCCUUUCAGUUCAUUUUACAGUUUGGACAAGCUUUUCAGGUGUAGGUCAGAGGACUUAAAUAAGGGAUGAGACUGGACAUUGUCGUGCCAGCUGGUGAAAUAUGUCUGUGCCUUUGAGGAAGCACUUAUACACUGUGUGAGGUAUUGGCACACGUGCGGGCUCACACGCCUCAAGAAAGAGUAACUGAGGAUUCAUACGUUAUUGAGGUUUCAACACUUGAAUUUGAUCUCCACCCUAUAAAUGUUCCAGGAAUAGCCUUUGCUCAGCUGGAGAAAAUUGGAUUUUCUGGGUAAAGUGGGAGACAAGUUUAUGAAAUCACCUUCUAUAGGCAGCGGCACAUAUCGUGAGUGAGAGAGGAUGGCGGGAUAGAAAACAGACGUUGGGAUGACAGACCCAUCUCUGUUGGUCCAGCGAAGGACACCGUGUGGGAGACAGAAGAAGAGCUAGGCGGGAAGACAGGCAGGAAUGAAAACACUUGGAUACAGCCGUGUUGCUCUUGGAUACAGAAGUGGAAAAUUUAUGUAUACAAUAUAUAUGACACCCAAGGGCUAGAGACAGUUAAAUAAAUCAUUUUGAAGACUGUGCAUUAUACCCCUCAUCUGCAGGAUAUCAAGCUAGCUUGCAGUUUUCCUCUCAUCAGAACAGCUGAUAAGAACGACAGAAACACCACACACAGCUUCAGAGAGACAGACAGAGUUUUGAAUGAUUAACGUCAUGUACAGUAUGUCCAGUCCUAUUUGGUUGGAGAAACCCCAGGUUUUCACAUGCACAGAAAGAAUAUAGAAUUGUUUUCUUCAUGCUGAGACUAUAUUAUCUCUCUGGAUAGUUUUAAUUUCACAAGCACAAUUCAACCUUUCAUGGAAGCUCUAUACGCCGUUUAGUGAUAUGCGUGUGUUCUGCAACAUCAGCCUGCCAUGUCUCCUCACCUCUCAUGUUUCCUUUUGUGACAUUCUCAUCUUGUAUGGAUUAAACAAACAAGAUUAAUUAUGAGCUUAAGAGUUGCUGUCGUGUGCAUUUUGUCACACGGGACAGGUAUACACAGGCUACUUGUUUCCUCUUGUUUUCAGUCUUUAUGAUACUGUGGCUUUAUGAUAGAUACUGUGCUGUGUGCUGACUUAACCGUCUCACACACACUCACACUUUAUAAUAACUGUGAAUAAGGAUAAUUCCCAAAUUGUCUUACGAUUUCCAUCCCUUAAAUUCCUGAUCACAUCAGGAUAAAACACAUGUCUACAUGCCUUUAUAGUGAAGCUAGAAUUCUUCACUGGAUAUAAGAGUUUGUGAUGAUUGUUGGAGCCUAAGUGGUUUGGAAACCUGCCCCUUAAGAAACUGUGAAAAUCAUGAACUCUGACUUAUAUAUCUCUUUUGAGGAAAAUUUGGUGGUUCAUGCUAUAUUUAUUAUUGAUUUCCUGCACUCCUUAAACCUCACAGAUAGUAGACAGAUAAAGUCUUCUCAGGCUGCAGAUUCCGUUUGGCAUCACAGCCAUGCCAAGUGCAGCCUGGGAAUUCAUUAGUGUCCACAGCAAUAUAGAAAACUGGAGUAAACUGUAUCUCCCAUGAAGCACACAAGGUGUUUACAGUAAGAAACAUUAUGGCUGACAGAAAAAUACACGUUUGAAGCAGAAUUUUUCCAGAGGUUAGAUAUUUAAGGUUUGCUUGUUUACACGGGUAUUUGAGUGUUAUUUACUGUAUAAGAUCUUUAUGAGAACUCUUGAGUGUAAAUAUUUUAUCGCCUGCCUGUACGUCAUUCUCUGAAAUCAAACGUGCACUUUGUAAUUUCCUCAUUAUCUAACAAGAUCUAUGGCGUUAUUUUGUCUUCAUCUCGCUUUAAAAUUCUACACUUAAUGAGGGAAAUACAUUAGCGAGCAUACAGUCUGCAUGCUCUCCCGCUCCUCCUCUCUCUAAAGUAAAAAAAAAAUAAAAUACAUGCACUCCUGGCAACCCAGGCUUCAUUAACUCGCUCCUCUAGAGGCAUGCAUGCAAAUGAACAGUGUUUGCUUUGCACAUCAAUGAGCCACGUCACACUCAAUACAGGACACCAAUCUAUCUCACACACAUGCACUCUUAAACAUGAUCCACACGUGCACACACAGAGCAGCAUAUGUGCAGCACCGCAUUUGUGAAAAGAACAAAAAGGAAGGACAAAAAAGAGAGGCAGCAGAGCGACAGACAGUGAAGAUAGAGUUGGGACAGCAUGUGCUGCAUCUUCAUCCAUCAUAGUGAGUGUUAUGUGGCUUUGAGCUGUCUGGGUGCUGUGUCAUUACAUCCAUAAUGCCUGUUGCCUCUCACAGCACAUGCAAUCAAUCACAUGCACACAUGCAAACAGAAACACAGGCGACCAAGUGUUUAGGGUAAAAUUAGAAACUUUAUCUGUAGUCAGUGCAAACUCACACUGUGGUUUACAGCCAAGACGAGUAGCAGUGCUCACUUAAUAUUUGCUCCCACAAGGCAAGUGUGCUGACGGUGAGCCGGUCUGUGUGUGGAAACCUUAAUGAAUGUUUUAAGAUGACAUGUCCGAAUUUCUGGACCACUUUGUCCUUUACAGAAUAUUAACACAGGCUUGCAUGAAUUUGCAAACUCAUGGAAAGAUCUGAUGUGUGUAAAUAUUUACGCUUAUGUGUAAAAGUUCUGUCUCUUUUUUUAAAUGUGUGUUCAUGUGCUUCUGUUUGGAUUCCUAGCUACCAUUGUGCUGAAUGAGCUGAACUGGACAGAAGCAUUAGAGGACGUGUUUCGAAAGAAUAGAGAGGAUGACCCGACCCUGCUUUGGCAGGUGUUUGGUAGCGCUACAGGCCUGGCUCGCUACUACCCAGGUACACAAACAGAAAACCCCAGCCUUUUUCUCUUACAGGAUAUUUUCCAGCUUUUAAAGUUUAUAUUUUUGUUUUUUUCAUUAUCUGAAGCUGUGUCUUCUUUUUCAUCACAUCAAAGCCCCAUUAUUACCUGGUUGACCUAAGAUACAGCAUCUGAUUUAUAACUAUAAUGAUCUCUUCAAUGUAUUCACAAGUAAAUUUGUUCACACAUGACUGAGCAAAUAAGGAUUUUACAUCUUCGUAACCCCUCCCACACUGAUUUUAUAUAUGAGGGUAUAUGGAGAGUCACGCAUUCUUUAACCGCAUCAGUCUGGAGCUGCUCUGCAGCACGAGUGUUUUCGCUGCCAAGCUAUUUCUAUUCAUGAGAUUGCCUGUCAUCAUAGACUCUGUAUAGCUUUACGGGAAAAGUUUAUGUCUAAAAUUCAUGAAUUUUCAUCUGCUCUGAAUUAUUCCUCUUUGUUCCACUUUUUAACCUUUUGCAUGAUUGGCAGAUGCACACUCUCACAUUGGCAUGUUUUUGUGGUGUGGAAAAGAUAAAGAGCAGCCAGUUAGUGUUAAAGUUAGAAGAUUCUGUGUCGAACUCUGUGCAUGAAAACGUGAUCUGGUUUUCCUGAUGUUUACCUCAUCAUAGUUAAAUCCAACAAAGAUUCAACAUGUUAUGUGGGCAGUGUCAAAAAUGUAGGAAUCCAUACGAGAGACGAUCGUCACACAAAUGAAAGCCUCAUUACAUCCAGACGCAAUCUUUCAUUACCCACACAACAUGACUGACAGACACUGCUGGACUGAUUAUAACACUGCAUAUUAAUAUAUUAUCAAUUAUUGUCAUGAUCACCUCAGUCUGACACUCAAGGGUGUCAGUGAAACAAUUCAAUAUUAGAAUAUGUGUGUAAUCUGCUUUAAUUAUGUAAAAUAUAAUCAACACAUAUCUAAUCACCCCCUGCAGCCUCCCCCUGGAUGGAUGCUCGUAAGACACCCAGUAAAAUCGACUUGUAUGACGUCCGCAGGAGGCCUUGGUAAGACAAAGACAAGAGUCAUACACAAUGCUUUGUAGUUACACUGGCUAGAAUUUAAGACUAAAGUUCCUGGGUUUGUCUGAUAGCAUUUUAGCAAUAUCAACCAGCAUGAUAUAUUAGCAACACUUUUAAAAUAUGUCAUUUGAUAUGUAAUGAUCUUAGCUAUAAUGAAGUGUUGGUCUACUGCAUUUUUGAGUGUGUUUGUGUGUGUCUAAGACCAGCUUGUGAGUCAUUCAUUAAUCCUUAUCCAGGUACAUUCAAGGAGCCGCCUCACCUAAAGAUAUGCUAAUCCUGGUGGAUGCGUAAGUCACUUAAUAACAUCAUUGAUCUGUAACCUUCACACAUCAGCCAUGAUUUCCCCUGAUUAUAAUUCAUGCCUUCUUAGAUUUGCCACAUAAUGUGAUGUAUUUCCCCGGGCAGGAGCAUUUCUAAUUAUGUCGUGUAAAGUCUCAGGGGACAGUAACAGAGCUAACGGAUGGCAGUGAGAAUCUGUCAGAUAUUUAUUUGUUUAUUUAUUUAUUUAUUCUUCUUGCAGGAGUGGAAGUGUAUCUGGCUUAACUCUCAAACUGAUCAGGACGUCCGUCAGUGAGAUGCUGGAAACUCUGUCUGACGAUGACUAUGUCAAUGUAGUUUAUGUGAGUAUUAUAAAACCUUUUACUUGCUGGGGCCUCUGCUGGUCUGAUUGUGUGAAGCAACAGGGGGCGUGGUGCAUGCUGGGAAAAGGAGCACAGUGGCGGAUAAUUCCAAAGUGUGCACAUGAAUGGGUUUAUUCAGACACUCAUUCUUGAGCUGUUCGACACAUAUGAAUGAAAUUAAGAGCAUGUGUGGGCACCUGUCGGCCACCCUUUAUGGUUAUAUAAAAAGAUAUCCUGUAUAUGCCCACACAUACCCAACACCUGACCGCACACCCACAUUUACACACAAGAGAGGCAGAAGGAUGGAUGACAAGUAAUGAAAUAUGGAUUUCUCCCAGGUCUGGCCACCCUGAAACAGACCUUUAAUGAAAUACCCACUGCUCUAUUUGGUGUACAGGAUUAAAAGUCUGCACUACAUGCCCCUUGCCCCAUCUCGUUAGCCAUUUUUGUGAGUGUGUGAGUGUGUGUGCUCAUAUGUGUGCACUCCGACAGCUCCUAAAGGAAUUAAAGCUGCACCUCUGACUGGAGUGAACCACAGGAAACACUCAUCCAUCACCCUCUUGAUCUCUCCAUCACUCUUUCUUUUCAUCAUUGAGUCCUGCAAUUCAUCUCAGCGGUUCCCCACAUACCUCCAUUUAUCUCUCUAUGUCAGUGCAUGAUCCCUUUUUAUUGUACACCUCCCCUCCACUAUGUACAAUAUACCUUUAUACAGAACUUUCCCACUUCCACUGCCUCCACUUUCUCUCCCUUCAUUUUAACUUUUCUUACCGACCAAUCACUUCUAUCGCGCUCCCUCCUCCACCUUUCUUUCUCCGGCCAUCUAUCCAAGGCCCUCUGUGCUUGUGAUUACACUCAGAAAGAGCCAAUCAGGGGACUGUGUGAUGCUUAGAUGGGCGCUCGUGGAGGCGUUUAUUGAGAUGGCUCUUGAAAGGGAUUGGAGCUGUCUUCACUUUACUUGCACAGACAGCCAUUCAGGCUCAGUUUCCUCUCUCCAGGGACCCUUUGUCUUGGACACAAUGUAUUCUGUUUCAUUUCGGACUUGAGAUUUGCCAAAGAUCUGCAGUUAUUGGAGUUUUUUGGUGGGGCUGCGUACACAUGUGAGAAAAGUGAGACAGAGAGACAGGGACUGGCUUAAAAGUUGAACUUAGUUCAGAGAACGUCAGUUUGAUUGUUUUUCCUACAAUGAAACAACAUUGCUGUGGUUGUGGGCCAUGGAGGGGUAUCUCUGAUUGUUGGUAUCAAGAUGUUUAAAGGUGGGGUAGGCAGGGUUCCGUUAAAGAAGCAUCUUUAGCUAUUAGUUAUUGAUGACAUUUGGAAAUAUCACAAUAUCACUGUGUUUUGUUGUGUCUGUGUAGUCACCAUUUAACAUUUUUUGAGCAGCUCGCUCUCUCUGACUGUAACACUGCUCCCUCGUGUUGUGAGGCAUGCUCCACGUCCUCCAAUAACUUGCACGAGCCCAAACAAAGUUAGCGUGCUACAACAUCAGAUGGUAGAAAUCAACCAGAAAGUAUGGAAAACACAACCAAGAAAACAAAGUAAAUAGCAGAGACUCUGGCAGAAUAACGGGCGCUUAAAACAGAGGUAGACUGAACAAGCGCUAAGAAGCCGGGUCAACAUCAGCAUAAACGUUGGGGGACGCCUCGAGGACCUUGUAACCUUUCUGCUGGAGAUGUAAACCACUUCAACAAAGUAAGCCGAGUGUCUGUAACAAAAGUGUUUCUUGCCAAACGGGACCUGCUGCUUGUUGUAGCGCCGCUAAACUGUUUACCUCGGGUCCUGAACCAAGUCACUUUAUCCUAGUUUUAGAAGUCCUGCAAACAUUGUGUUUGCUGGUAGUCUGUUGGCAUCUACAGUAGCUCCAAUGCUUUUUACUUUCACACUGACUGGGCCCUGUUUGUAAUUAUCUGAAGUCUGUAUCUGCGUUGUAUCUGAAUUUAAUUGGAACGAUACGAGCGAGCACGAGCAUCUGUCUGUGGGCGGGGCUUGCUAGAGCAGAGAGGGAGGGGAGUGGAGGAGCUGAGGGGAGAACUGGUUCAGAGGGGUGGUGUUUACACUCAAGAUUUCUCCCAAAAACUGGUACUUCCUGAGAUCCCGCCUACCCGACCUUAAAGAUGCGCACUCCUGCUCAUAGCGGAUGGUAAAAGGCAUGUCCUCAGAUUAAACAGCAUGUUAGCUGCAGUUUGAAACACUGUCAUACCCUGACAUUAGGAAGUCUUCUUCAUAGGAGCUACUUUUCCUCACAGGUGGUCCUCUCUAUUCUUACGGAUAUGUGUGCAACUGACUGAUUUUCAUUGCUGACUCACUUUUACUGAUUGGCUGUCUGGGUUUAUAGUGGUCCACAGGCUAGUCUCAAUGAUACAAUAAGUACAGUCCCUAAGCUGCAGUUGCCCAAUGAUAAUGCUGCAACAUAAUGUUUGUAAAUAAACAGUUUCAAUCACAUCCAUUUUUCAGUUCCCUUAGGGAGUUUUUUCUUACACAUACAGUGUGUUCCAAAAGCUGAAUGUCUGUCUAAAUCUGUUGAAAGUGAGGCUGAUGAACUCCAGUCUCUUACUGAUGCAGACUGUAUGUGGGUACUGGCAUCCUCUGGUUCAGAGGGAUCCUUCAUUUGUUUUGGUAUCCUCAGCUAGGACUGGAAAUUGCUGAUAUUGUAUUGAUACCAAUGCCAUUAUCAAUCCUGCUGUGGAUUUUCUGUGUCAACAAUACAAAUCCCAUCAAACUGCUAUGCUAAGACUGGAAAGCCUGGCUCAGACCGUACAGGUCAGCUGAUCACACAUACAGCCUCUGAUUGGUUGAUGGACACAAACAAUGGUAGCUUUCAAUCAUCUCAGUCAGCUCACAAGAAUAACACAUUUUCUCUAAACUUGAUGCAUAAUUCAUUACAGAUAACCAUUUUUUAUUUCGAGGGAUUGGAUCUAGAGUGUCUGUAAAAAUACACUGUCCCUCACAGAUAUGUCAUGUCAUUGUUUGGCAAGGCACAUGGAACUAGUUGGGUACUAUUAGGUAUCGAUAAGGGAACUGUUGAGUACAGAAGCGAAUGAUGUUGGACUGGUUCUUGUUUACGAUCCCUGCUCACAGCACUGACAUAAGUUUUCCUUUGAGAUGUUUUUCCCUUCUUUCAUAGACAGGAAAACAAGCCCUCCUUACACAUAUACUGUUUCAUGAAUGCAUCAUGCUGGCGGCAAAGUUAACAGAAUUUCAUAAACACUAAUUUUGUUUUUCUUCUCUGGGUUUCUUGUUCCAUUAAUAGCUGAAGAAAACAUCUGAUCUCAGCAUGAAGCAGAAAUUCUGUGGUGGUGCAAAAAAGAAGGGCUGACUGACAGCGAGAUACUGAAGCAAAACAAGACACUUGUACUGUACUAAAUAACAUGAGGCGUAAUGGGCUCGUGCUGUAGACAUCAUUUUUACAGUCAGAAGCCCCACUGUCCUGUGGAGUUCAACGUUGCUAAAAAUGACAUAAAUGAUACUAAAAGAUUGUAAAUAGGGCUGUGAAACCAAUAAUAUUUAAACUGAGAUUCCAAUAAUUAUGAUAAAUCACACUUGAAAAGUAAAAAAGUUAAAAUUUCAGUUUCAUUCAUUUUAACAGGCCAAAAAAACUGUUUUAAGUCCAUAUUAACACUGUAAACAAUUCUUAUCCGUGUCUUGAUUUGGGAAUCAAAUUAACACAACUGCAUGUAGGUUAUAAUCUUGACCUUUAGUUGAAUAUCAAUGCAGUGUUACACCAGCAUAAUCUGAACUCAUGACAGUGCUUAUUCUGUGAAUCACAGUGAUUUAUUAUUGUGAGGCUAGUGUUGUAACAGCUUAGGCGAUAAACAGGGGAGCAAGUAUAAGAUGUAAAAUCAGUGUAAACAUGGCGUGUAGUUCAAUCGAAGAUAAUGAUUACCAUCACAGGGACCUACAGUAUUUGCACUUUCCAGGAGUCCCAGUCUGGCUGUUUCCUUUGUUUCAGAAAGGUCCUGUGCUUGUUAAAGUAUGGCUUCCUACAAUGAUAAGACCUAUCAAAGAUGCCAACCUGAGGACAUCCCGUACAACUUGGUCCUUUUUAGGCUGCAGUCUGUAUCCAGCUAUUUAGCAAACGCUGCUUUUAACCUCUUCACUUUAACUUCAUAAACAGGUUUGUGGCAGUUCACACACUCUUAAACAGAGCUGUGGUGGCUUUUGUGAUGGGGUUGCUUGCUGGCAUCAGUGUGUUGGGCUGUAUCUGUAUGUUUAGCUUGUAGGUCGAAGCUAAGAGGUAAAGUACUUCAGUGAUGUUUCAAUUACGUUUAAACAUUUCUUUGACUCGUCUGCUUUGCUGUCUGGUAGUCCUUUUCGAGAUCAGAAACCUGACAAUGAUAAGUCAUAAUGAUAACCCUUAAUUGUCUCACAGAAACUCAUUAUUCAUUUUCUCUAUCAGCCCUUACUCUGUUUCUUAUGUCACUGACUCUUUUCAUAUACCUACACACACGUAUCGCCCUAUGCCAAACCCGUAGGGUGUUGUAACCUGACAGUAAAUCAUUAAUCUCUGAUAUUACCCAUAAAUCCCUCCUCAUUAACAAUAGCCCAGGGACUGAGUUGGCAUUUGGUCAUGGAGGAUGCUCACACACUUCCUCAACAGCUGUGCUAGGAAGAAGGCUGAUGGCCCUUCCUGUCUGCUCAUUUUUUCCCCCCUCUCUUUUUCCUAUAGUUAUUUCUCUUCUCUUUUGUUCUCACUUUCCCUCGCUCUGCCUUCCCACCAAGCCUUCGUCACUUUUAUCCAUCCUGCUCAGCUGUGUCAGUGGGUGUCAUUGCUGUGAGCCUGCAUCAGUCCAGUGGGCAAGCCAGAGUACCAGAGCACAGUAGCAGACAGUCCGGCGGGAUUAGAGCUCAGAGAUUAGCCUUCUCUCUGUGUCACCGCUAAUCCAUUCCCAGGGCCUGGACUAUCCCACACAUGCAUACAUACACACACACACACAUACACACAGUGUGACAAAAGCUGUCGUAACAGGAUCACAUAGCGAUGAUGGAAUUUGUUGUCGAGUGUAUUCACAUGUAAAUCCAAAGCCUUGACAUCCUCUAUUAAAGCAGGAAUCUGUUCCUUUAACAAACUCCUUCCCCAGCACCAAAAAAGCGUCUAUCAUUGGUAUAUUUCCGAGUAUCACAUAAACUACACAAGCUUAUUGUUUUCUUGGAAAUACACUUUCCUGCUUUGAAAUACUGUAUUCAUACUGUAUUGUGUAAGAAACACACUCCCCCUCCUCUUUCUCUUUGCAUCUUCUUCUUGUCACUUUCUUCUCCUCGCCUUCCCACACUCCCAUCUCACCUUCCCCACUUCUUUUAGUAGACUGGGUGAUGAAAAACCCCCACCAACCCAAGAUGGAUCCAAUUAUGUCAAUUUCUGUUGCAAUGUGGGUAAAAGUUGAUGCGAGUUAACGUACUGCCACGAUCGAUUCUUUUUUGUCAAACAACGGUCUCUCUUUUUUUUUUUCCACUUUCACUCCGACAGAGAUGUGUACUUCUGUUAUUGUCAAUCUAAAAGGAACUUCAAGGCUGUCAGGCUCAUUGGAAAAAUCUCACACACCCACACCCACACACACAUGAAGUCAGGGUUCUUUUUGCCUUCUUGCUUGUCGGUGUAGAUCAGAGGUUUCUGCGUCCCUAUUGGCCGUCUCAAAGAGACACAUUGAUUAGUUGAGAUCGAUGAGGUUCAGUAUUGUUUUAGAGGAGUUCUGCAACACAAUAGAUGUGCUAGUUUAUUAUCCCGCUGCCUCACGUCCCUCCUAUUCUUCUGUUAUGUACUUUAUUAUGUUUAUUCUGUCAUUUCUACUCAUCCCUAUUGUUAGCUCCUUUCCGGCUGAUCCUGUUUAGGUUUUGUCAAUAAAAUACAGGCAAUCUGUUAAACUUGUAUCUCGGCUCAGCGGCGACCGAUGGAGGCCUUUGGGUGGAGUGUGUAUGUGUAAGGUGUUUGGGGGGGUGAAAAAGAUGUGCUCUCACCUUUUAAAAAAGACAGUGUUGCUGCCUAACCUUGUUCUUAUAUAGCAGAAUCUUGUUUCCAUGGGUACCAAAUCGUUGAGCUCUGAGGACGUGAAGCAAUUAGUGGGGCUUGAUGAAUGUGUCUGUUUACCACUGCUUGAUAACACAGCCAAGGCCAGGUGGGAGCGUUGUGGUGUGUAUGUUUCUGUGUGUGCGUGCACGCGCGUGUGCGUAUGCUGCAUUUUUAAUAUGUGUUAAAUAUGCACACAUGUUGUAAUCAUAAAUAAUUUGUAGGUCGUAACUCCUCGCCUCCGUUUCACAGUUUAAUACCAGGGUGAAGAAAACAGCAUGUUUUGACCAUCUGGUUCAAGCCAAUGUGAGGAACAAGAAGCUGCUGAAGGAUGCCGUGCAGAACAUCACAGCGAAAGGAAUCACAAACUACACAAAAGGCUUUGAGUUUGCUUUCGAGCAGCUCUCUGUGGUAAGAUUUUUCUAAUUCACAGCCUUAAUGACUACAAAUCCUACCAUUUUAUUUUACAUCAGUGUCACCAGAGAGCAGAAGAGGCGUAAAAGAAGUUUUAAGUGAAUGCUGUCUGUCGUUCCUCUGCAUUCGAGUUUCAGCAGCAGCAGCCGAUUCUUGUCUUUCACCGCCAUCUGCUGGUUAAACUAAAUAAUCUGAUCUACUGUUCACACAGCUAAAGACUCAUCAGACUUUUACAGAUGAGUGAUAUUCAUCACAGCUGCUUAAAGACAAAAGAGAUAAAGUCAAAUCUUGGUCAGGGGCAAAUAUCAUGUCCCCUUGAGUUCAAACUGUGAGAUCGAGCUUAAAGGGAAGAACGUAGUUAAGUUCAUCACAAGGGAUCACGCACCGCCGAGUACUGCUUUGAAGCAUAGCUUACACAGCCUGAGCACAGAUUGAAUUUUGGCGUAAUGAUGACACUAGACAAGGACGUGUACACAUCCUGUAAGAAAGUGUGUUUUCCUUUGACCAGAUGAAUGUGAGCAGAGCAAACUGCAAUAAGAUUAUCAUGCUGUUUACUGACGGAGGCGAGGAGAGAGCUCAAGCCAUACUGGAAAAAUACAACGCUGACAAAAAGGUACAUUGAUGACACACACACACACACACACUGAUGUAGGCUGGGGUGUGUGAUACUGCACUGUGAAUUACUUGCUUUUAUCUUUGUGAAUAUGCUCCCAUUGUGUUUUUUCAUGGAGACUCAGCUUUUUGGAGCUCCCUUUGGGUCGCGACUUCCUUGUGCACAUCCUCACUACCCAAUAGUUUAUGCAGACGGCAGAAAGGGGGGGUUCUUAAUUGAGUGUUGGUUAUGAUGAAAGACAACCCACACACACAUACACACAAUGACAACAAUAUGCAGGGAAAAAUCCCAAAUGUGGACAUGAAUAAGGUCAGGGAUCUGAGUGGGUUGCAUUCAUGCUCAUCCCACAUUCGGUAUGAAUAGUGUUUGUAUUUCAGCUCAGAUAAUAUACUUUAAAAGCAGCAUGUAUCUAAAAGUGUUCAAAUGCUCAUGUAAAUUCAUUUUUUAUGUUAGUUUUUGAUGAUUUAUUUUAGGUUAUCUGUAAAUAAUCUUAUACUUUUUAAUCAAUAACACCAAGCAAAUAUAUUUAAAUUAGAUCUCCAAUAUUAUUUGUGUAAGGCAGCUGUGAUUCGGUUGUACAUAGGUAGUCUUUCAAUCUAACACCAGCGUAUUAGAUCAGUUAGUGCUGAGGCCAGUGUGGUUGACUGAGCGAAUGGGACAUGUUGUGUUGAAGUACUUUGAGUGGUCGGACAAACUGGAAAAGAACAAAAUUUAUCAAACUUUGCAGCUGUUACUUUGAGAAUAAUGGCGAUUUGAAUCUUUGACACAGGUGAGGAUCUUUACCUUCUCAGUAGGACAGCACAACUAUGAUAAAGGACCCAUUCAGUGGAUGGCCUGUUCCAAUAAAGGUACUGUGCACACCCACCAUAAAAGUUUUCUUGUUUCUGUGGAUGUGAUAAUCGUACUAAAUUAACUUUUAUUUAAAUAGCUUAAACCGCAGAAUUAUUCACAGGAGACAAGGUGGUGAAAUGAUGAAUUAAAAUCGUAUUUGGAAAGAGGAGCUUCCUCCAAGCUCCUCUGUCAUCAAUCUUUUCCAAAUAUCCUUGGUCAAACAUUAAAAUAUUCACUGCUCUAAUCUCCCUCACAAAAGUCUGGAUGUCAUUCAAGUUUGUAACAAAGAAUUAUAUUGCACUAAACUUAUCCAAUUUUCUUGCAUGCUGUAUCCUGACUUUUUUUUAAUUUUUUUUUUUUUUGGGGGGGGGGUAUUUUUCCAGCUGCUUUGUUGUCAGUGUGUGAUUUUGGUUUUGUUUGGAUUGUUUAUUCAGGUUACUUCUAUGAGAUUCCUUCCAUUGGAGCCAUCAGAAUAAACACACAGGUAUAUGUUCAUUUUUUCGGGUAUUUUUUUUCAAAUGCUUGACAUUUUGUUCCCAAGAAAAAAAUCUACAUGAAAACUGUGUUUUGUCUUUUUCAGGAGUACUUGGAUGUCCUGGGUAGACCAAUGGUUCUGGCAGACAAGCAGGCUAAACAAGUCCAGUGGACAAAUGUUUACCUCGACGCUCUGGUAUAAUACUUUCUGCAACUUCAUAUUACAAAACACAGAAAUGUUGUUCCUGUCAGGUUAAUCUUGCCUAGUUGGUGUUCCUGAGCUAAUGAAGAUAUUUGUUUGACUGUCAGGAACUGGGCCUGGUCAUCACUGGAACACUUCCAGUCUUCAACAAAACUAAGACCAAAGAUGACAAAAAUGGCGAGGUGCAGUAAAAAAAAAAAAAAAAAAAUCUUUGAGCAUAUUAUAAGUUCUUUGAAGUUUCAGGGUCUGAUGAGCUUCUUCUUUCCUCAUCUUUUCUUUCAGCACCAGAAUCAGUUGAUUCUCGGUGUUAUGGGGAUUGAUGUGUCUUUGGACGACAUCAAAAAACUCACACCACGCUUCACAGUGAGUUUAACAUCCUCAUGGGAUCAAAUGCUGCAGACAAAUAUUACAUCUAUCACACUCAAGUAUGGUGACUCAGUUGUGAAGAAGUAGCAGAGUUUUCCCUCCUGUGUAAUUAAUGAGUAAUGAGUAAAACAGUUAAUUACAGCCCAUUAGUUUUUUAAUGUUCUCUUGUUUUUUUGUCUUACAAACUACUUAACAGGCCGUAACCAGUUGACUUGUUAUGUGCUUUUCUACGCACAAUGAUGUAAUUUUCUUGUUAACUCUUAAAUUGCGGCAAUAGAUUGGUCCAAACGGAUACUACUUUGCUAUUGAUCCCAAUGGAUACGUCCUGCUGCACCCCAAUCUUCAGCCAAAGGUAGGUCAUGUGAUUAUAUUACUUAGGACUCCGCAGUUAAUCCUAACUUAAAGUUUUCUCUGUGAUCAGUCUUUGGAAAAGGAAGUGAUCAGGUAUCGAUAACUUGUUUCAAAAAAUAAGAUUUUCCAAUUUACAAACACCAAACGUGUUAUUCCCCCGCAAAUCACUUAUUUGCCUCAGCAACAUACUGAAUAUAUCCAAUAAGAGUGCAAAGCUGCAAAACAUAAAAAAGCCCACAAAUUGUUCAACAUGCAGAGCAGACCACUUUUCUGCAUACUUAUUCUUACUACACAAGUGUUUUUGGGAUGAAGAUUCAUGCUGGCUUUAAGAGUCUAGGAAGACUCUAUAUUGACUUGCGACCAGUUUGUCAGCUUUUGGGUAAUGCCGUGGUAAACAAGUGGCUUUGUGGCACUGUGUACCGAGAGACGGCUGGUGUUUAUCGCUCCCCAAAACAAACUUGUUGAGACUUAAAGCACUGCUGCAGCCCCUUCUAUCAUCUUAGCUGUGUGCAUUAUCUUCAGUCAGUUGGUUUGCAUUAAAACUUGCCUUACACUAACAGCUGAAUCUAAGAGACCACACAAUGUUAAUCUCUUGAAGAAAAAAAGCAUGUUCAAGUACGCUUUUAACUAUUAUCAAUCAAUACUUAUUCGAAAGAGUUGCCUGUAUUUUAAAGAAUUAAGAAGCAGUACGGCUAAUAGUUAAGAAUGUAUUUUUGGGUGAAAGUAUGACACUCAAGAAUAUAAUUCAACUUUUGGUAUAUUUUUUUUCAUGCCUGUAUCAUAGUUCAAUCUUACUUUUAGACAGCUGAAUUUAUCAAACAUGUUUUCUUGAAUUCUAAAACAGGUACAAUGAGGCAGAAAAUUGAAGCAUGAAUGAAAUGCAUAAAGCAAAAUCAUGUGUUAAAGUGUCCUUAUUUCAUUCUUAUGUGGCCUGUCUUCAUGGGCCAAAUGCUCUUGGCGGUCUUUCAACUUUUGAAACAACCGCAGAUGGACCCCACUGGCAGAUGUUAAGAUGCAGCCCUGUCAAAUUUAGCCAUGACCCCAUAAAAGGUUCCAAGUCUACCUUCAGCCAAGACAAAACAGGUUCUGACAGGCUACAAAGUGGCAAGUUGCUGCCAAAGAGUGUGGAGUCAAAAUGUUCAAAGAGGCGCUCCUCUAAAUCUGAAACAGUGCAUCCUUGAGUACACAUGCUAACAUCCCAUCCAUCAGUCUGCAAGUUCCUAAACUGAUCCGUCAACACAAACGUGGGGCUCCAGUUACUCUCAUCUCCAGUUUAGUUUAUUGACAUGUUAGUUUGAAUGUUUGGAGUUUAGCUUUGACUUGGGUCUACUUGAAGAUGAUUUUUUUUUAAAGUGGCUUGUAAAAAACCUGUGAACUGUUGUCAAGUAAAAAACACAGUGUUCCUAAAUAGCUGCAUUUAAAAGACUUAUAGAGCAUUUAUAAAGGUCUGUAUUUCAUGAGAUUUUGUCUAGGGAAUAUCAUUGAGGCCACAUAUACUCUUUCUGUCUGACUCAUCUCCUCUGCAGCAAAUCUGAAUUUCCCUCUCAGUCGUUUUCCCUGCCAAAUCUUCAGUUUAGACUAAAACACUCAACUUUGAUCUGUUUGUCCAUAUGUGUGUGUGUGGCAACUUCUUUGAAAAAAUGACUUAAAAAAAAGGAGCACAUUUGGUUGGCCAUUCAAAAUCUGGUGCAGUUACAGACCUUCAGAUUAAAUUUAAUAUUCUGUUUUUGCAAUGUUGUAUGAAACAAUGAGUAAUUAGAAAAGGCAUUUGGUAAAAAUUGAAACUAUUUGUAGGUGUGUUUGAUUUAGUUUGAUCACUUUUUAUUCCCAUUUUGAAACACUGUACCUUUGAAUUGUUUUUAGAAUUUUUAAAAUGAUCAUUAGUUGUCGAUUUAAAAUGUACAAGAGUCCGCACUUAGUAUACCAUGACUGCCCCCUGUUGGCAAUUAAAGAACUGUCACACAUACAUAUAUAUACACACACACACACACACACACACACACACACACACACACACACACACACACACACAUCAAACUAUCAAACUAUUCCAACCAAGUGAGGACCUCUAGGCCUGUUUGUCUCGGGAGAUGAAAGCGAAUGCACAUUUUGACUUUUCACUCCUCUGACUCACGAAAAUGCAUCAUGUUGCAUAUUUUAUAACUUUCCCAGAGAAGGAUUGAUAGAUGGAAUCGAAGACUCUGGGAUAAGAACGCUAUAACCUUCCAUGAGGUGAGAUAAGAUAGCUGUGCUGUAUACAGCAGUAGUCUAGAAGGUAGUAAUGUGUAGGUUGCUGUGUCGUAGUCCCGUAGUUCUAGUUCCACAUAGUUUUGAUGAUAUUAAUAACUUUUUAAGGCUAUUAACCACAGCAAACAGGGUCAACUUUAACAUGUAGUUUUAGCAACUUUUAACAAUUUCUGAUCAAAGUACCAUCCCUGAUGGAAGUGUAUGAUCUACUUAAAAAAAGAGAAUAAACCUCAGUAAUUAACUUUGAGCAGAAACAAAGGUGCUUUCUGAUGGUAAUUCUUCAGCAUAAAACUUAUUUAUCAGCUCAUUGGGUCUAUAAUGUAAACGAGUCAAUUUUGAAACCCAAUGUGUAAAGCUGGUCAAGCCUGCAUGUUUUUCAGUGAUAAAUGUAUUUUGGUUUCCACUUCAAUUUUUCCUAUUAUUUUCACUUUUUCACCUCACUCCUGUGUAGAGCAUGUGCCUUUUCUUAGAAAGCUUAGAAAGCUGCCUCAAAUCACUCGCUGAAUCAUCACAGUAUAUGAUAGAGUGAAUACUUAUAUUGACCUUGAAAUCUUUGGUUUUACUUUCUUAGUCCUCUAUGCCUUUGCAGGAUUUUUUUUUUUUUAUGUUGUUAUGUUUGUACAUAUUUCAUGAAUUUCACAAAAAUCUCCCCACCUGCAGCUGUGCACUUGUUUUGAUCUCACACCUGCAGCAAACUUCAACAUAUCUUGCUGACAUACAGUGUUCUCUCACUUUCAUCUCUUUCUCUUGAUAUUUUUGCUUUUCUUUUUCCCCAACCCUUAUUUCCUCACAUGAUCUUUUCAAUUUGUUACGCAUACUGUCUUCAUUCCCCUUUUCUGUCUCUUUUGUUCAUACAGUAUGUUUGAUGCAUCUUUCUGUGCACCCCCCCAAUCUUUCAUUCUUUCUUUUCUUAUUUUCAUGUUGAGAUGCUUCAUCUGUUUCAUCUUCCUUUGCUGCUUCAUUUCAUCUCACUUUUCAUCAAAUGUAAGAGAGACAACUCUUUACAUUUAACUUAAUCCAUUUUUGAUUGAUUUGCUUCUUCUGUAGUUUAAUCUUCAUUGAAAAUUUGCUAUGCCAGCAGCGUAUAUUCAUAUACUUGUAUAUCUUUAGAUUGACUGUCUCAUGUUAACUUGAAAAAAGAAAAAACUAUACAGACGACAAAAGCAUGUAUACAAUUUGCCCCCCACUCCACACACCCCCAUAUUUUAAGGCACAGAGUAUAGAAAGUGCUAUUGAAGACAGAAUGGUAUCGGAUUCCUUGUACUGCUGUUUUAUAGAGAGGCACUAGAUUACUGCUACCAUUUUAUUCCACCAUAAAGCCACUCAGACGUAUAGGGUUUUUAAGAGAGGACAUUAAUAGGGUCCAAUGUCACUUUGUAUCAACUCUGAUUCAGCUGUGUCUGGUGUUAGAAAUGCAUUACCAAAAAUGCUGCCACAUGGCAUCCUUUGUUUUCAAUUAGAUUCACAUGUUUUAAAAACGGAGGACCUUCUUACAAAAGUGAAUACAAAAGAACAGUGGGGCCUGAAUAAUUACAGUGCAAUGCAGUGACAGCACAAAGACUCAGAUGGGUACGACUGGCCGCCACAGAGAGAAGCCAGCUCCAGGUUACAACUGUAAAAUGCUUCACCACAACAUUUAAUAACCAACUCAGCAGGCUUCAGAGAGAGCGAUAUGAAAGCAGGUUAUUGUACAACAAACUGAGCAUUUAGCAUAAUACGUCUGCUUUUGUCAGAUCAAUCCUCUCAUGUGUCUUUAGCUGUUGUUUGUGUUGUUUAAAUUAUGUCUUUCCUUUUAACAGAAUCCUAAAUUCCAGGAGCCUGUCACCCUGGACUUCCUAGAUGCUGAGCUGGAGAACGAUAUCAAAGUGGAGGUAGAGUGCGCCGAUGUAAAGACAUCCCCGACACAAAAACACACACACAUACAGAGAAGAGAGGAGAGAAAUCCUGGCAGUUGCAGGAUGUCUCAGUGCUCCUCAUAAACCCGUUAGAAAUGAGCCCCUAAAGUGAUAAACUAUAGCUGAUAGAGUUCCAUUUAAUCUAGUAGAAACCAAUGACUGUGUAUUAAAAUGAGCACUGCACCACCAUGCUCCUCCCAUCGUUGGAUGUGAAACCGAAAUACUGCCUGGAUUGGUGCUUUCUCUAAAUAUUUGUACAUUUGUGGUGUGUAUCUUAAUAUGUCGUCAAUAUCAAGGAAUCAAGAUGACGUAAGAACAAGCCCGCUCUGUUUCUUUAUCUUUCCCUGUAGAUCAGAAGAAUGAUGAUUGAUGGUGAGACCGGCGAACGAACCAUCAACACUCUGGUGAAAACUCAGGAUGAGGUAAGAGAAUAAAGACUUCACAGUUUAUGUGAGAUUAUUUUUGGAAACUACAUCUUUUACUGGAGAUCUUCCUGGUCCACUGCUGCAUAUUUUUGUGGGGAUACCCUCGAAAUGGUCUCAUUGUUCAAGUAUUGUUCUCAUUGUUCUUAUUGUUGAAGCAUUACAAUUGGACUUCAUUUCUUUUUGUCCUUAAAGUAAAACAGUAGAAUUAAUUCAUUCACAAGUUAGCAAGUAAAAGAAACAUUUUUACUUAUUUUGUUUCACAAAUUUUCAGUAUUCAAGUAUCAUCUUAAAAUACUCCUUAUGUGACUAUCACUAGCUCUUCCCUGUAACAUCCCUGUGCAUUUCAUCUCUUGCAGCGGUACAUAGAUCGGGGAGUCAGGACCUACACGUGGGCUCCGGUCAAUGGAACAGAUUACAGGUAAGCCACCUCAGCACUUUACUAAUAUUUCAUUAUGGUUCAUUAAACUGACAGAGUCAGACAAUUAACUGAGGCUUAACUACAGAGAGCACUUAAGCUGAUGAAGGACACCACUUACACCAACAGGGGUCACUCUCUUGUUUUCUAACACAGGGCUCUGCUUGGUUUAAUGAGGGAUGUAUUACAGAGGUUAUUUUGCAGUUUACUUAACGUGCAGAAAGCAUUUCAAUAAAAACAAAAAGCUCAAAUAUUUGCACUUUUUUUCUCCCUUUUUGAGAUAUUUUAGGCUUUUGACCAUAAUAACUGAAGAACUAAAAAACACAUCAACACAUUUUUAAAUCAGUGCGUUCUAGUCAGUUAAAUAACAACCACUUGUAUGACUCUAUCAUCAGCUUAUCUGUGAUUAUUUUGUUUGUUUGUUCGUUUUUUGCAGCCUGGCUCUUGUUCUGCCAAAGUACAGCGAGCACUUCAUUCAAGCGAAACUGGGAGAUGACAUGAAAGAAGCGAUGUGUGAGUAGAACCGCCACCUCCAUGAUUGAAGCGCACAAACAACUCAGUCUGUUUCAUUUUGCUGGAGCCUCACAUCCAGCUCCCAUGCAUGCUUUCUUUGGGCCGUACUCCUGAGUAUCUCUACUUGCUUUGUAUCGCACAACCAACCACUCCUUUGUAUUUGCUGCUCAGAUCAGCGGAUCCCCACGGAGCUUCUCUUUUGUAGUGUAACCCACUGGUCAGUCACCCUCCACUCCCACACACACUCAUCCACAUGCUGUCCUCCUCUCUGACCCAGCCUUAGCACAACUCUUUUGAUCUUGUCUUCAUUUUGCGCUCUUUUCUUCCCCUCCUCUGGCAUGGGAGAAAAAGAAUCCCUGUUCCGCAAAGUCUCCCUGCUUCAUGUCUCAUUAUCACAUCCUCACAUCAACCUUUCAAAUUCUCCUCUUCGUCCAGAUUUAAGUGGGCAGUUCAAUUCCCCUAUACCUCCCUUUCCCCGGGUCUCUCUUUUUUUCCUUAAAUGCUUUAUCAGGAAAAAGCCAACUAAAAUAAACUUCAAACUGGGUUGUUGUUUUUAAAGUCUGUCUCUGUCUGAUCUGUAAACCUGUCCCCAGCUCCCUCUCUUGAUCCUUCUCUUAAUUCCUGUCUUUUUCUUCAGCUUAUUUAAUCUUUUUUUGUGCUCUCAAGGCUGCCCAGCUGUAACAAAACUCUGGCUGCUUUUCCUCACAGCUCAGAUCAUGGCUAAAAUCACAAGGACAUUCACAAUGGGUCCUGUAUGUGUAGCUGUCACUCUCUAUACUGCUCUUUGCUUUUUGAUUCUGAUGCAGCUUCUCCUCUGUCUUCUCCUUCUUACUUGCUGGGAUUUCGCAGCUUCAACUUGGGGCAAGUACUCACUGUUGUCUGUUUUCUUCUCACAUUGUGACUCUUCAAAUGUAUCAGCAUAUUUAUCGUAUUCUUGCUCGGUUUUAUGCAUGCUUAAUAAUGAUUUUAUAGAUAAGGGCAUGGACAACUGCUAAAUGAAGUAAGAAAAUAUCCAAUUCAGCGGACAACCAUCUGGAUUCUGAGUAUUUUCAUGACUUUGAUGUGACGCCACAAAUCAUAAACAGCUAAUGGUGCAGUUAUUCCAAAAGAUGAUAGUCUGACUGAGCGUUUCAGCCCCUGUAUCACUCCUUCUCUGCUAUAACCAGUCUGUCAGUGCACCAUAAAGGCUGUCAGAACGUUUACAGGCCUGUUAAAAAAAAGAAACACAGCAUGCCUUGCUGCCACAGACAACUCCGAUAGGGAGUUUGGGACUCUUAAGUUCGCUGUACAGCCAUAUAGAGUUUCACACUGGAGCCAGACCACCAAUACCUCGAUUCAUCUUACCUCUCCUGCAGUAGAGGGCUCCUGCAGCCACUUGUCCUCCUAAUACAUUAGGAUGUGAUUCCAAGCCAAGGAUGUGAUUUAUUAACAUUGAAUUUUUCGUCAUAUCACAGGAAUGCUGCAUGCAUUAAAUAAAUGGUCCAACCCUGGGGUUGUGAAGAUGAUGACAGGGAAGAAAAGAGAGAAAAAAAAGAAAAGGAACUAUAUGUGGUGUGGAGAGCAACUGGGCAAAGAGACACCCUGCCUGUCUAUAGAGACAGAGGGACAAUGAAACCGCCCGUUACAUUUUAUGUGAAGGACAUUGCUUCAUCAUGCACCAGAUUUCCAUGACCCCAGGGAAACUGAGAGCUCUGUAAUAUUUUCCGCAGACUGCGCCACACGACUCAAUAUCUUUUAAAGGCAGUGUCCAAAAUGUCUUCAGUUUAAGAGAGUGGUGAAUGAUGGCUGUAGAUGUCUGUCAUGUCAUUUAUGAGAUAAGAAUUACCAGACAGGGUUGUAAAUGAGAUCCAGACCAGAACAGACAAAGCACCGAGUGGACAAAACAUAUUCCGUUAUACUACUGUUUAUCUACAUGUUUCUUCACUUGUGCAGAUGCUCUCUCUCCCCGUUCAGAUAGUUCCCUUUUCUGCAUUCCUAGAAAGCGUACUCUCGUUUAUGGACCAAAACUUUGUCCCGUAGAUGUGAUAUCCUUUCACUACUGCAGAGUAUUUUAUUCCCAACUGUGUGAGAUAUUUACAAUUUCAACAUACUUUCCAGUGAAUGACAUCAUUGUUCACAUGAUGAAUGCUUUUUUAUAUCAGCCCUUUGUCUUUCCUCCUUUUUCCUCUCUUCUUCAUCUCUUAAUCUCUGGGGUUACAACAGGGCAAGAAGGCAAGUAUUUCUCUCUCACUUAUUCCCUCAUGCCUCCCUACUGCACAUGGAUUUACACUCCCUACCUUAAUCCAUCACCUCAUAGCUGUCCGGUAUUUUAUGUGUCUGUGUAGUGUGUAUGAGUGUGCAGGGGUCCUUUUAGCCAGAUUAUGUGCAGGACUGUGUCAGUAUUUUGGCUUUUGCCAUUUUUAGAGUUUUGAUGAUACACUUCUCAUGUGUUUUUGGAUUCAUAUCUUCAUUGCACUUCUCUGAAUUAUACAUCUGCCUCCUUCCCUACAUAGAGGUCACACUUCAAAGGAACAAGCAUGCUUUUUGGUAUGACAAUGAGCCUAAUCUAGGUAAUUUUCUGUCUCUAAAAGCCAUGGACACCAUACAGCUGGAGCGGUUUGAUGAGUUUGGUUUCACUUACAUCGCUCCGAGGUGAGUGAUUCUGACUCUCCUGUACGACUCAAUAAACUGUAAAAGAUAAAACGCUGGGCUGUGAUUGAACCUGAUCGAUACUGUAUCUUCAGGGAGUACUGCAAAGAGCUGAAGCCGUCAUUCAACAACACACAGUUUCUCCUCGACUUCAGCCAGUAUAUCGACAGAAACACUCCAGAUGCAUGUGAGUCAUGCAUCUUUUUCACUGUUAUUGGCACACUGGCACUUGCUGUGAUAUCACUGUGCUACAGUGACUUUGUAUCAUAAUUGUGUCACGCACGUAAUUCGACCCUAAUCAAGAUGGAGCGUAUUUCUAAGCUGUGUGUACAUUUAUAAGAGUGAAAGUAUGUGUUUAUGUGUAUGCUACUGUUAGUCAUGCUGAAUUUUUCCACUCUAAUAUCAUGACGAUCAGCAUCUGAAGGUCAGAGCGUGACUUUGGUCAUUCGAUUAGUUCGGUCUAAGCAGACUGACAUCAGCCUGAUCUAAUGAGUUCCCGAAAAGCCUGAUGCUGUCAUACUAUAACAUGACUCAUCAGGUUAGUCAUCAUGUAUUGUCUCAUCCCCCCAACAUGGUAUACAAACAUCAUCCGACAAAUGGAUAUACUUAAUGUGUUUCAACCUCUACACUUUCCCUCUUGUUCUGUUUGUGCAGUCAGUUCCCAUAGUUCAUUCUAACAUUGGCUUGAUUUGGUACGGACAGUUAUAGACAUGAUAUAUAAAACACUCAACAUUCAAGGGAAACUGGAUUGAAACUGUGUGCCAAGGUUUGUCUUUUCUGAAAAUAACUUCUCAAUGCUUUGGCAUCGAAAAUUACGUCUGUCUGGCGGUUCAAAUGGUCAGUCAAAGUAGGCCUACAAAUACAUGUCAACAUGUCACCCUGCUGGAUGAUAUUCUGAGGAGUGCUAGGACCCCUCCCCGCCUCAGCUUUUAAAAACAUUUUAUCAAGGGAGAAGACUUGGCUGGACACUUUACUUUAAGUCUGACUACAAUCACAAGUCUUGUGUGUAUUCUUAUUGAAAGCAAGUGAACUCAUCUACUAGAAAAAUACUGGGUCAAGAGCACUGCCCCGUGAAAUCAGCAGUUAUUUUUGUGUGAGCCAAAAGAACAUCAGGUCCAUCCUCCCUGUCUAGAUUUUUGACAAUUGACCAUGGCCUCACAGCAGCCAUUUUCCUCAUCAGAUUCAGGGUGGAAAGCUCACUACUGCUUUGUUCCAGCUUGCAAGUUGUACAAGUGAAAAAAAGACUUCCUUCUCCUACUUACUAGAUAAUCAAUUCAAUCUGGAGGGCCUUAUCAUGUAAUUUCCAAUAAACACGUGAUGCUUUCGUUACAGUUAAAAGAAAAAGUAUUCAGUGAGGACAUCCCUGCACAACUGCCCCCACAUCCGAUUGCUUUUGAUGCACUAAAAAAACUGUAAAGCCAAGUGAUUCACUCUCUGUUUUAUGCAGACCCUGGUUGACAACUGAAAUGCUGAUCCUAAUGGGACCCCCAACCUAAUCGUAGAACUAAAUGGGCAGUGUGACCCAACAUAUCAACAGAUUACUAGUGGGUACCUCCCUUCACUGGUGUCUUGUUAAGAUAGGCCAAGGACCCUGAAGAACUCAACCGCGAGCUUUGAAAUCCUUGAACUACCCGCAUGUCACCACCAAUCAAACCCUGGUUGACAACUAAAAUGCUGAUCUUAAUGGGACCCCCACCCCAAUCAUAGAACUAGAUGAGCAGUGUGACCCAACAUAUCAACAGAUUACUAGUGGGCACCACCCUUCACUGGUGUCUUGUCAAGAUAGGCCAGGGACCCUGAAGAACUCAACCGCAAGCUUUGACAUCCUGGAACUUCCCGCGUGUCACCACCAAUCGAACCCGCUAACAUCUAAUAGUAAUUAGCUGUUAUCAGACAAAAGAUACCAUUAGUGGUCUUUCUUUACUUCAGUUAGAGAAUCUUGCGUGAUGUUUGAGGACAGGAUGAAACUACUUGAAAAUUGAAUUGCAAGAUAGGAACAAAAGUUUCUCUCAUCAGAUAACUUUAUUGUAAGUUAAACUUUUAGCAAAGCUUUCAUAGUUAUCAGGCUAAUGCACUAAGACUGCAGCAGCAACCCUAAUUUUAGCUUAAGACCUUUGUAAUGGACCUACUGAGAUGUACAACAGGAAAAAAAGGUUGAGUCAGCUUGGAGGUAGUUGAUGCUAAUUUCAGUUGAUGGCUAUUUAUAAGUAAUAGGCUCUGUAAUGUCCCUCAUGUAUAUAUUCUGCAGGUAAUGUGUCCCUGGUGAGCCGACUCAUCCUGGAUGCAGGUCUGACGGCAGAGCUGGUUCAAGCUUGGAACGAGCAGACAGUGUGAGUGCCAAGUCUUUAGUCUUUCCUCUUAGUAAUGCAAAGAAAUCGUCUUCUCCUUUAUGCCAGAGCACAAAACUGCACUUGUUAAAAAUAAGCCAUUCUUAUUGCAUAGCUAUCUUUGUUACAUAUCUGCGCUGUUGCUUUGAAGCACUAUAGCUGAUACUGAUUUAUGUGCUAUUUACUGACAAACCAGCUUUACAUCUUUAUUUUAUACCCUGAAUGUUUCGAUCAUGCCUAACAAGUGAAACACGAUGAAAGCUGAGCACAAAAUCCAUAUCACACCCAACCAUGUCAAGCUCUGCCAAGACAUGCUGUUCUGAGUGGAACGUAAAGAUAAUCACAGCCGCAUGUUUCCUUUCAUGGUAUGCCCGCUUGUCUAAAGUGAUCUAAAAACACGUUUACACAUACAAUGCAGACUCUCUGUUUAAUAUUAGGACACAUAGGAACAAGUUACUUUGGGCGUAAAACAAUUUGUGUCACGUCAGCAGCUUUGCUUCACGGUUCAAAUACACUUUCUCUGAUAUGUGUGAUGUCUGAUUGGCUGUUGCUCUCGAUGUUGUCAGGGAUGGGAUCGUGGCCAGGUUUGUAGCCACAGACGGAGGGAUCACAAGAGUCUACCCAAAGAGGUACCCUCUCUCUGUCUCUCUCUCUCUCUCUCUCUCUCUCCCUCUCUUAGUUGUGUGACUAGUUUUAGCAUUGCAGCUUAGCCAAAAUAUGGGCUGGUGUAAAUGUGUGAGUAGAAAGUGGAUACAGACUGUAAUACUCUUGGGCUGAGCACUUUUGGCUGCCUCACUCACCUGCUCCACUGGGUUUUUUCUUUUUUUUCGAGAAUAUAGAGGAUUAGACACUUUGAGCUGAACUCCCACAGCUCUACGGGCCAGAAUGGGACACAGGUCGAAUCCACAAAUCCAACACCCAAAUGCAGAUCAUUUUCCUCUAUUUCCUUGCUGCUACUUUUAUCUACACUUGGGGGUUCCUCUUGGUCAGGGUAUAAAAUUCCAGCUGGAGAUGAAUGCAUAUUUAUCUGGACCAUAAAACCUGAAAUACAAUCAGUUGUAGCCUUUAUUGGAUCAUGCCCUUGACAUACAUCAACCGCACUGGGUGGGACUCUAAUUUCGAUGACUAGAACUUGGCUCUAGAUUUAAAUAUACAUUAUUCAGAGAGAUCAAACACAUUCGCUUGGUGUUUUAUGCCAGUAACUCUCCUUAUAUAAUAUCACAUGGCCGUAUUAUUGUUUUCAGUGCCGGGGAAGAGUGGACUGAGAAUCCAGAGACAUACGAGUCCAGCUUCUACAAAAGGACCCUUGACAAUGAAAUUUAUAUUUUCACAGCUCUGUCUUUCAAUGGUAAGUUUUCUGACAGGUUCGGUUCUGUCUGUUUGUGUACUUAUUUCUGUACGUGAGGCACUUCCCUGUGGUCUGGCACUGAUCCUAUCCAGCUUUCUGCCUUUGGACGUCCUCCCAACACCACUGGCCGAGAUCACACUCUCAGGCCACUGAUAUCAUUCUCUUUAUCCUUCUUCUUUCCCCGCUGUGUCUUUCAGCAAUUGUCUCCACCCUCCCUCCCUCCCUCCCUUCUGCUCUGCAUACUUCCUGUCAUCUCCACUGAUCACUCUAACAGACAUCAGGACAGGCAAACUUGAGUGUAAUACGGCCGUGCUUACAGCCACACUUGACUGGAUAAGCACAUGUCCUGGCUUCACAAACUCCAAUUCAAUCGCAUAAAUUACAAACAGUUAAAAAUGAACAAAAUUUCCCACAAUGGAAAGUAAUUAUUCCCCUUUUUAACUGCAAUUCACAUACUGAACAUUCUCAGCCAUGUACUCUUAGACAUGAUUUUAGUGAAAUUGCUGCGAUUAUUGGUUUUCCUUCUCUUCUGAACUGCAGCCGAGGGGAGGGAGAGUGUUCCUGAGGCGGGUAUUCUAGUGAGUAAAGCAGUGGAGCUCACGAUUAACGAUGUCACGCUCAAACCAGCAGGUCAGUCUUGCUGAGACUAGAUUUAUUGCCUUUUGUAAUGCAAAAUAAAUUGAACUAUUUAAUAGCUGUUCAAGCUGCAACUAUGUCUGUUUUCUUUCUUUUUUUUCCUUCUAGUUGUGGGAGUGAAACUUAAUGUCUCAUACUGGAUGAAUAGUUUUAUGAAUGCUACAUUAAAAGUGAAUGUAAGUUCAGUCAACAGUCCACCAUCUUUCACACAUGAAGAAAGGGGACUAUUUUCUCAUGUGCAUAUACUUUUUUUUUCCCUUUUAGUGCAAGGAUGAGAUCUGUGGCUGUCUGAGGAAUGACAAGGUAUCACCACUCCUUUUGUUUUGAUCGCGCUGUUUCUUGUUUCCUUCUUACUGUGUUGAUGCUGUUAUUUUAACCCCUGCAGCAUGUUGACUGUGUAAUCCUGGAUGAUGGGGGAUUCCUCCUCAUGUCCAAUCAAGAGGAAUACAUCAACUUGGUGAGUUGUGAGAAACCACCGUCUCCACCUCAUCAUGGCCAUGUGUGUUUCAAACAUUUGUCGUCUUUAACAUAAAAUGAAAGAUUUGUUUGAACAGGGUCGGAAUCAGUUCUAAUCUAAGGUUUUGGGACAAACAUUUACCUUGUGUGUCUGUCUAUAUCUUGCUCAUCUUACAAUCGUCAGACCGAUCCAGUAAUCUGAUACAAAGGUCAAAUAACAGACUUAGCUAAGUUAUGAGAAUGGCCCGUCAGCACUGAGCGAUUUGAAAGCUGCUGCAGGACAGCAGUACAUCCACAUCUCUGGUAAAGUUCAGCACUAGCCAGUGGUGGAAAAGGAUCAAAGGGAAGGCUCUGGUGGGGUUUAGUCAGUCAUGGGAGCUGGAGUGAAGUGAGUCCCCUGUGUACGCAAGAAGACAGUUCGGCUGUGUUAACUCCACUUUCUCGGGCUGCUACAGGCUCCUGGUGUGUCAGUGCGAGGAUAUACUGUGGGUUUGGAAGCAUUUCAUAUCAGUCAAUAUGGGACAUAUGCUACCUUUUAUCCAGUCUGCUAUCUCAGAGUCUGGUAUACGGUUCACAAAUAACAUCCUCCUGGCUGCUUUUGUCUCUGCGUGUGUGUGUGAUGCAUUCACUGUGAGCUGGGAUCAGAACUUCGUCUUUGUCUGCACACAGUCCUAUAGUUUCAGUCUCCAAAAACAAGAUUGCACAUCAGCUCAUUGAGCAAUUAUUCUGUUUAUAUUUUGUAAUCUAUCAAGAUAGGAGAAGCCAAUCGAUUGGCAUGAAAGCAAUUUCAAUAACAAUUCGAUCAUUAUCUGAUGUCAUUAUGAUGAUAUAGUCCUCAAGAGCGUCUGCACAUUGCAGUCAGCACUUACUUAGAUAAACAGUAAAGCAAAUCUAAAGUUCUGACUUCCUUUCCUGUGCACCUUGCAUACUUUACAUUUCAACAUGCAGCUCGACAAACGACAUUAAGCACGGCACUCUUAGCUCGCUUAAAAACAUUUCAGCUGUCAAGAGAAAGAUAAAAAGCUAGAUCAACAUCUAAUACUAGCUGUUGGAUUCAGGAAUGGCAUUACAGCCAAUUUGUUCCAACUCAUUUUUCCCUCUUGAUUGACUGUUUCUCACCAUUCAACUGAACAUUUCUCAAAGUACAAACAGAAAAGACAUUUGUCUCUUUCCCACGGAUCCUGCAUUCAUUUGCAAAAUCUGUCAAAAUGAAGUCGUCUUGUUUAAAAGGAAUCCAAUCACCCAGUUUCUCAUCCACCUGAUGUUCUGCCGCUUUUGAAACUACACAGCGAUGUGUUUUUAUGACAGUCAGAUGGUUUCAAUGUGUAAUUAUGUCACAAAAGCUUCACCUGGUACUCAUUUCGCUGUAACUUAGUCGUUAACAUCAAAGUGGCUGACUAUAGGAGGGAAGUGAGAAAGUGACUGCUCUACAAUUAAAGAGGUGUAGCUUUGUUUGUUUAAUGAAAUAUAUUUUAUGAUGACACAUGCUCAGCCAAUAAAGAUACUGCGAACAUAACUCUGGGGGUUGCCUAACAGUUGUUAAAGUGGCUCAUUCUGGAUAGUUAAGCACGCCUGUGAAAACUCUAACUACCACUGCCAAAGGAAGUGUUUCAUCAUCUUUUAUUGACUUUUGUGUGCGUGUCUGUGCGUGUUUACGUAAACUUGUCUAGAUAGGUCAGUUCUUUGGGGAGGUGGAUCCUGUACUGAUGAUCAACCUGGUCAACACCUCCCUGUACUCCUUCAACAAGACGUAUGACUACCAGUCAGUGUGUGACCCAGAGAAGGACAGCAAGGCUGCAGCCGGACCGCGCUCUGUCUAUGUGGUGAGACUCAUACAACCCUACCCACUGCUUCUCACAUAACUCAGACAUAUGAUUUACUAUGACCUCGUCUCUAUUCUCAUGUUGGAGUCUGUUUCUUGGGAAUUAAAUGGUGGGAAUAAAAUGUUGUCUGUUUUUUUUUUUUUUUUCUCCAGCCUACCAUUGCAGACCUGCUCAGUAUUGGCUGGUGGGCUUCUAGUGCUGCUUGGUAAGCAUACAGGUUGUGUGUAUCUGUGAGUGUGUGCCAUAUGUCCUUUAGAGCAAGAUUUCCUUUGGGAAUGGGCUCUUGUGCUGUUGACAGAUGAAGCUGGCUGGGUCAGUGCAGGACAAGGACAGUUGCACAAUAAUUACACUUGAUUGUCAUCCAAACGUGUGUCAAGCUGCAUCAUAACCUAACUUUUAAAUAAAGUGACUGAUACUUCCCUUGACAUUUACAUCACUUGUGACGUUGGUCGACAAACACAUGUUAGCUGUUAUCAAACAGUGUUUGGUUAAUAAAAGUAAAUCAGUAAAAGAUGGUCUCUUGACUCACCCCUGUGACUCAUUCUCUGUUUUUUAUUCUCGGGGUCUAGGUCAAUACUUCAGCAGCUCUUCUUUGGUCUAAUGUUCCCGAACCUUCUAGAGGCAGGUGAGUGACAGUAGUCGUAUCUGUGUGAAAUUGUCUUGUUCGACCACAUUGAACCCUGACGCUGUACCGUUCAGAGUUUUUCUUCUUUUCCAUUUAUCUAAUCGGAUCUAUCUUCUACUUUCAGCGGAGUCAGCAGAUGAAGACAUACCGGAUGCCAUGUUUAAGGAAAGCUGCAUUACAGAGCAGACUCAGUACUUUUUUGACAAUGAUGAAAGAUCUUACUCAGGUGUCCUGGACUGUGGAAACUGUUCCAGGUACGCUGAUGUUUCUACAUUCACAGAGCUGUAUAUUCUUGUGUUCCUCUGGUUAUCAAUGUGCUGUUAAUGAGUUGGGUUAUGAAACAUUUCCAGCUCUAAAUAGAUCUCUUUCCUGGACAUCAUUCUGUUUAUUGGUCUACAGGGAUGGGCUCGCUGUAGUAUUUCCUUCCUGGCUACUUUUCUGUAUCCUAGCCUUAUUUCAGGCAGCUGUUUCCAAAUGAGCCCUGGUCAGGCGCAGCUUACCUUGAUCUGCCGGUGACCAGACUCACAGAGGGAGGCACAAAAGCUUUUUAUCUGUUUUUCUUCCUCUGCUCUCUGGCUAUACUUCAAACUCACUAACACACACAUUCAAGAAGCUCUGUAGAUUUACUCCUCUCUUACCUCCUCUUCUGUCAAUUUGCGCUGUCAAAAGGAGGUUAAAUAUGUCUGUAAUUACUGGGUAUUAUGAGUCCCACGUGUCUGGUGCUGUACUCUUCCAAAUGUUAACGUCUGUGGACACAGAAACUUUCAUGACUUCCAUAAAAAACUCCAAGUAGGGAGGGGGGAUGAAUGUGUACACAUGUGCACACAAGUCUGACCUGUUUGAGCUUUAUGCAAAUAAAAUACAUUGUGGAUGACUUGUAUUUGGCGAUGUGAAUACUGCACUGACUGUAUAAUUUCUAGGAUGUAUCGUGCUGAGAAGCUGCCAAACACCAACCUCGUGUUCCUGAUCACUGAUGCCAAGGCGACAUGUUUGUCCUGUGACCCCAGACCACUACGACAGGCCGAACAACCCUGUAUCCUUUCACCAUAUCUCUAAAACAACCUGAACAAAGACUUGCACUUCCUUUACACUCUCCUGCCCUCCGUCUAUCAUCCACAUGACAGUGGGGCUUUUAACUCUUAACACAAGGACACACAGCUAAGAAGUCUGCAGUAGGUCCCCGAUGAAUGAUCUUGAGUGAACAGUAAACCAGAUGCACAGCUCCUUGUAGCCUGUCUCAGAUUACACCCAGAUCAGAUUUCUUACUUUGAUUUCACCUGGGCUGUGUGCCGCCAUCCAGCUGAAAUAAUAUUAUAUUGAUACAUUCAUAUGCAUACUGAGGAGAUUAGAUGGAUUUAUUCCACUAUAUCUAUUUGAUAGAUCUACCUAGGGCAGGGCAAAAAACAAAAAUUGAUCGAUACAGAAAUUUACGUCAAUAACCGACGUCAUUUUGCCCAUGUCAAUAUAUUCAGUGUCAAUUAAAUUAAUAAAUUAAAGUUGGUUUUGGAUGUGUGUAGGUAGGCUAUAGCCUCAUGUCCCUUUAAGACGCCGUCCUACAUUGGAGACAUGACUCCACUCCAUCAGGUCCAUAACAAAGAGGGAAAAAUGGGUGAAGAGAUGGAGGACCGUUUAAAAAUUUGUAGCGCCUGGAGCGGCGGCUGAAGUAGACGAAGUUAAUGUGGGAGUGGGUGAGCAGCUUGUGGAGUAGUUAUCAUCCAUUUAUCAUUAUCAAGGUGAACUGCUCAAUAUAUUGUGAUAUUGAUUUGAGGCCAUAUCGCCCAGCCCUAGAUUUACCAUGAAUUUGCGCAUCAGUAAAGAUGUCAUUAAUUAAGGUCAACACAGAGUCUCAAUAAGAGCUCCUGGCUACGGCUAGGCAACAAAUGAGGUUUACAUCGUUUAAACAUGUGGUUCAGGACAAUUAAAAAAAUAAUAAUAAUUCUAGGUUCUUUCUUUAACCUACCCAAUUAAUGUACUGUAAAUUAAGUUUAGUUUGUAUAAAACUUCAGGGUAUUCUUUUUUUAGACCAUAUCACCCAGCCCUAUCUUCAGCUCUUCACGGUUCCACUGACCAGACAAACAUCUCCAUCUAAGCAAUACACGCUGCUAUAAUCCUUUCAGAAUUGUUUAAUUCCAUCUCUGUCACACAGUUAAUAAAAGGAUCAGAAAACAUUCAGGGAGAAUAACCAGGCUGUCUUUCACCAAAGCUGACAACUUGGAGCUAAAUGAGACUUUCUGGCUGUGACUUUUAGAGUAAGCAAAGUCAACAUCAUGUUUUCCUGAGCGUCUGUUCAGCUGAAGGUCCAGAUCCAUGCGAGCUGGCUCAGAAUCCAAGAUAUCGCAAGGGUCCAGAUGUGUGUUUUGACAACAAUGAAAAUGUAAGAGGCAACUACACAUGUGGUUUUGUGCAGAGCGUUGUUGUAAAAGGCUCCAUUAGCGAGCUUUCACUCUUGCUUUGUCAUUCUCUAUCUGCUUUUGAUUACAUUUCCGCAAAGACUUACAUUUGUUUUAUUCAGUCAUGUUUAUUUUUUGUCAUUUUGUCAUUUUAUUUACCUUUGCAUGUCAUUACAAAUUAACUCUGUCAACUAUUUUCACUCAUUAUCUGUCAUUCUUGUUUUUUAUUUUACUCUGCAUCCCAACGGCUAUCCCUCAUGUCUGCUAGGAUGUGCCCUUGUGUCCAAUCAGCAGAAGUUCUUCAUUGAGCCCUACACCUCUCUUGUUGUUUGUGGUGCUGGGUUCAGGGUUAGUGUCCUCACACAGCUCUACGCAGUUUUACGACCCAUUUUAGAUCUUUAGUUUUCCUUGGUCACUGAGGUGUUCUUAGCAAGAGCCAGUUAGACACUCCCAUGACUUGAUAACCUCUUAGCUGGUUGAUUUAAAGUCACUUUGAUGUCUUAGCUCAUUGGAAACGUAGGGUCACAUAGUUGUGUGUUUUCAUUUUGAAGUUGGAUUUACCAAUUUUGGUGCACAGAACAUCAAACACAUUUCAAUAAGCGAGUACCCACUAACAAGGGUUGAAAAAUAAGGAAGAUUUGGGGAUUAUUUCUUUGUUGCAUGCCUUCCUACUUAAAAGCACGCACUCUUUUUUGCAUCUUGCUUUAUUUUAUUUUUCUUCCUGUUUAUUACCCCAGCAGAUGGAAAGCAGAUAUCUUGUUUUUAAGUUUUAAAUCAACUGAAGGUAAUAGCUCUAAACCCACAUCACAAAAUGACUCUACAUAAAUACAUCAGCAGCCCUUAUAUUUACAUUUAAUUGCUUUUCAGAAUUAGUUCAAAAUCGAAUCCAAGCACAUUUAGAGUUUUUGAUUUUAAGGAUAUUACCCAAGUGCAUUCUUGUGCGGCUCAUGGAAAUUGUGCCUUUGAUUUACAUCAGUGAAACAAAGGAGAGAGGCGGAUAAAUUAUGGGUGAGAUCACUGCAUCACCACCCAACUUUGAACAGUUCGUAAGACUUGUAAAUAUUUGGAAUAAUUAUUUCUCAUAUCUCUGUGAACUCAGACUUUCAUUGUGUUCUGGAGGCGUAGAUCAGACACAUAACAGGCAUCUAAUUCAUGUGGCUGCUUGUUUAUACUGUGGAGAAGCCGAGAAGCAAAGAGAAAAGGGGGGGAAUGACUGAGGAAGUCCAUGAACAGAGAAAAAGUAGGCCUCGUCCCUUUCCUCUUUCCAUCUUUCCCACUACAUUUGGCUCGGAUUCUUAUAGGAAGACAGUUUGUGUCCAGGCCAGUCCAUUUUGCCAGCCGUGUAAACAGAGGAAGCUCCACACGGCUUUCCUGUCCUUUGAAUACAGAAGACUCCCACCUCUGUCUCUGAGGCCUUUGGCAGGCACGGAUAUCCUGAAUACUCCCAUCAACUACAAGAAAGCCACAUGCUACUGUAAACAGGCCCAUGAGUAUCCACACACACACAUAUUUAUGACAGGCAGAAUGAGGUCUGACUCACCUCUGACUGCAGCUAAGCACUCUGUAAACUUGAGAAAAGUCCUAUUUUUACUCCCUUGCCAAAAACCAGGAAAAAUGUAAAUCAUAUUCACAGUAUGGUGGAUGUAAAGCUGGGGGAAGUUCCAAGAGUAGCUAAGAAGUCAGCCAAGACAUACGUCUCCAUAUAAUCUCUGAAAAAACACAAUCUUUCAGUCCUGGACUUCAGUGUGGGAAGGGAUUAGAAAGAAAAUUACAGAAGGUGUGAAGUUUUGGUUAUCAAUCUUUUUGAUACGUAGGAGCAAAAUGGUUACCUUUGGACACAACCAGAACUUUGUAUUGAUGGUAGCAGAGCUAGUAGAGCUACACCCAAAGCUGCCAGAUGUAGGAGAACCUGUUUGACUCAUUUAUUGACAGCUGAUCUGUUCAACAGGAGGAUGAUUCUGACUGUGGAGGAGGGACCUGCCUAAGCCCGUGUCUUUGGCCAAUGCUUGGGCUCCAACUACUGCUGCUGUGGCUCUUCACAUCUUUGCAACACUCAUGACCCCGACACACAUACACACACACACACACUCAUACAGUCACACACCAAUCACCGUCUUGUCUCACAAGAGGCCAGAAGACACUCCAGCCAUGCCAUCCGGGAUGUAUGCCGAAUACGUGCAGUGAGAUAUUUUUAUCAUUUCCAUGUUUCAAUGCCAAAGGGUGCUCAUUCAUUUCCUCCUCAUCACUCCAAAAAAACACAGAGACACAUUAACUGUGCUCAGCUGCACUCAUUUCCAUGAUACACUCCUUAAUAUUUUUCCUAUGGUGCAAGAGUAAGAGCUAACCAAACCCUUUAAUUCUGCCUCAUUUGUUCCUCAGAUUUAUUUUGGUGGAAGAGUUUUCCCACUAUGCCAAUUGAAUAUCAUUCAAAGUCUGUACGUUCACUGACAGCGUUGAUUUGUGUAGUUGUCGAUAUUGUUUGUUGCUUAUUAUAUUUACUGCGUAUGAAUCAUUAUACUGUAACGAUCGUUUAUUUCAACAACCAGUGCAACUAAUAAGAAUAUCCCUUCUGUUUGAGUGUUUCUUUUAAAUGUAUCGUACCUAUCUACUUAUCGCUAAAGUUUAUUUAGUUUAUUUUUUUAAUGAACAAGCAUUUCAUGACUAGCUGGGUGUUGUAUUGUAGCAGCAUGUGCUCAGUACAGAGCUAAAGACAGCACUCUGACACCAAAGUUCCACACAGUACAAAUACGGGAAUCACAAAUCCACUACAGAAAUGUGGGUGUUCAUCUGUUUUAAUUUAUGGAGAAGGAUAUUUCAGAGAGCACCCAUGUGAAUCAAAACUACAGAAUCUUACAAACUCAAAUCAACUUGGUCAAACAGCUUAAAUCGUCUUCAAAUUUGAUGCAUCGAAUCCCCAGUGCCUACAUCGUAGCUCAAACAGUCUGUUUUCUGAAUGAAGUGGUGUAGAUGAGUUGUUUACUUUCCAUGUAUGCUACGAUGCUAAUGCAUAUGCAUAGCAGGGAGGGGAGCCAUUGUAGUGACGUGUAGUAACAUGGGCUUGAUCUGCUGCAGUUUGUUCAUUUUCUUAGGCCCAAAAACACGAAGCAAACUAGAUUUAGAUUAAGAGAAAUAAAUAUAAUUUCCCUCUGUGGUCACAACAAACCAAAAACAGACUUGAGCUUGUGUUCAAACACCUCUCAUCGUUAACCCCGUUUCUGUUACCUUUCUGGAUCACUGACUCAGGAGCCAGGAUGACUUUUGAAUGAGAUCAGCAUAACAGUUUAACUUUUCCUUUCCCUUUCCUUCUCCUUAAUGUUCCCCCCUUUAUGCUUGUUUCCUCUUUGUGUUGCUCUAUAAGUGCUGUGAAGCAGACGCUGAAAGCUCAGUGUCCAAACGCUGCAAUGUCAUGGGAUGAGCUUGUUCUGUGUUUGAACGCUGCCUAUGCUCGCGGUCAGCAUCAGGGCCUGUUGGAGAGAGCUUCGACUUCUAAUAGUGGUAACCUUGCAUUGCCUUACUCCAUCAUAUGUCAUUACAUAUGCAUAAAUAGUAUAGAGUGUCAGUGUUAUUUUUUUUGUUUUCUUUUUUACGACUGAACAGCCAGUCAGUUCUCUCCACCUCGCCUCCAUGGUGACCUGCUGGUGUUGAGUGUUCAGAAUAUGCCUGUCUAUCAGAGUCGCGUGUUGACUUGUGUUUUACUGGGGGGGUCCCGUGUCUAUGUGCAGGCAUGUGAGUGUCCCUCCGAUAUCUGAUUGUGCUUUAAUACUGUACAUGAAUUACUCUUUUGUGGAACUUGACUAGCCUGAAUAAAUUUUGUAUACAUUUGUACACUUAUACUAUUUACUGUACAAAAGAGAAAAUGAAAGGGAAGAAAAUUGUUUAUAAUAUGGUGUUGAUUAUUGUGCAAAUAUAAUAUAUUCACAAUAAAAGUGUUGUAUUGUUAUGA